AUGAGCUUAUCAACUGCUUUGCCACACAGAAGCUCUUAUUUUGUCAUUAAAGUAAAUCAAUUCUAUAUUUUUACUUCACAUAAUUAAAAAUACUUCUAUAGGCAAUCUACAAAUUGUAUAACAUUAACCUGUUAUUGUUUAUUCUACAGACACAGAUCCCGUCAACCCCGUUUAAAGAUCAAGUUUCAGAGGUAAGUGACGUUAUUUAUCAGGUUUUAGGGGGUAAGUGGCCCAGAAUCAUUCGAUUUCCUCCUGUUAUGAAGCAAUCCAAGUCAGGAUGAGAGAACCCAGUUUGUUGGAUCAGAAAUAUAUGAUAAAGGAUGUAAUAAAGAUGGCAGACUGGAGUGCCUCCAAACACCAUAACCACUGCCUGGGGAAUAAAUUUGGUUCUUAAAUAAACAGCAAUGACCUCAUACACGAAGCACGUAGAGACAUCUCCAAGAAUUGCUUUGUAUUUCAGAAAAAAUUUGCUUUGAUGAAAAAUCGCAAUAUUACAAGCAACAUUUCUAUUGUAGAUUGUACUGUUAUAUAAAUGGGACAUUCAGUAAAUGUUGCCAUAUAACGAGGAGACUUAUUUAUCCAGACACAAAAUUAGCAUUUUUGUUUCUGUUUUUUUUCAUAGGAUGUAACUCUAGAAGACAAUCUAGAUUUGGAAAUGUCUAUUACAUCUGCAAAUUGCUCUCUUCGAAAAGCUGGGUCUACACUUUCUUUAGGUGCAGCAGUUAAAGUGGUCAGUGAAUCUCUCGGAGUUCUUGUGUCUGCGCCAGCUGUAAGUAUCCAUCUUAACAAUUAGGGAUGUGCAUGGGAAAGAGAGUGAGAGCGAGUAGAGCUACCCUACUCCAACCACUAACCCUACCCCAACUCCAACCCCUAACCCCAACCCUCUCCUGUUUUGCCACUUUUCAGAGAUCCAAACAUUUUGGAAAUUCGGUGGUUCGGUUCGGCAUUCCGAAACUUCAGAAAUUUGGAAGCAUCCGAAUGUCCAAGUUUCCGAGAACAAAACGAAUUGCACAUGUCUAUUAACAAUUUAGUAACUGAUUAGAUGGAAAAGAUGCACACUAAAAUGUGGCUUAGAAUAAAUAUUAUUUUAGAGAAAUAUUUCGCCAAGGGGAAAGUCAUAAACCUGUUCUUUAGUUUCUGCAGCAAAUAACAUACUUGUGCAUUCAGAUUCAAACAAAUUACAAUUCUGGGCUGAUCAGCUUUUUGGGCGAAUUAACAAACUCCGAUGUGCCAUAUAUACGUAUAACUGAGCAAACGACUAACAAGAUGGGCAAACAUGGUUCAGUAUUAUGAUUGGUUUAUUAGUUUGCCCUUUUUGCUUUGUUGGAAUGUUUUCCUAAAUAUAUUUAGGAAAACAAAGAAAAAUAAAGGGCCAAUGUGAGAAUGAGGCUCCCUGGAUAUAAUCCAGUAUCCUAUAGUAUAGACUGGUAAAAAAUAAUGACAAUAAAAGGUAGUAAUAACAAAACAUAAUCAGAACUAUUUACAAAUAGAGUUGCGUGGACACCUGGAUGUUCGGGUUCGCCAAGUUCGGCCGAACUUCAUCAAAAAGUUCAAGUUCAGCUCGAACUUGACCCCAAACUUGACCCCGAACUUUUGGGCACUAAAAUGCCUCUUAAAAACUCCUGGAAAGGGCUAGAGGGUUGCAAAAGGAAGUAAAAUGGGGGUAAAAGUGCCCUGCAAACAAAUGUGGAUAGGGAAAUCACUUAAAAUAACUUAAAAUAACAUAAAAUAAACAGCUGCUUAGUAGAUAACUCCCUAAUUCCCACGGUAUUAGGGAGCUAUCUACCAAAAGGCUGAAAGACCUAAAUUGGUCUUUGAGCUACAUUUACUAAUACUAAGUAAAGAUUACUUAGUAUUAGUAAAUUCAGCCCCUACUCGCUAUACCGCGAGUAGGGUCGUGUCUAGUAAACAGUGAGCAGCCAAAAAAAAACAAAAAACUAUUGGCCCCCACCCCUGAACGGCGGGUGGGGGUCCUAAAGUAAAAUAAGGGGGGGGAACCUAUUGUCCUCCCCCCCGGCCCCCACCAGGGCACGGUGGGUGGGGGCCCUAACAGUGGCGUCUCUAGGAUUCAUUUUAGGGGGUGCUCAUGGUGGGCCAGGGACAAAAGAAGAGGGGCACAUUUAACCCCGCCCUCACCGCCCCACGGUGGGCACAUUUAAGCCCCGCCCCCGACACAAUGUGUGGUGUGUUGUUUUUUUUAUAAUCCCUGGUGGAGGAUUCAUUAUUUUCCACCAGGGAUUUUUAAAAAACAAACACAUUUCCCUUGGUACAGUGCCAUAGUUGCCAACAUUUGAAUACAAUUUCCAAGAACAUUUUGCAGCACAGCUAUCAAUUACUACCUUGAAAGAUAACCACACCCACUGCUGCAAAACUCGACCCACUAUGUCCAACCCACAUAAUUAAUCUCUAUUCCAAAGAACUUUCCCACGCUGUGUAAAAUGACACAGAGCACUCUGAUUGGUGGAUUUCAAGCCGUCCAAUCGGAGUAUUGUGACAGGUAAAUGUAGAGACUUACCUGUCAGUCUCUUCAUUUAUCUGUCAGAGCACUCUGACUGGAUGGCUUAAACCCACCAAUCAUAGUGCUCAGAGCCUAAUUGCAGGGCAAUGCCUUAUAAGCCUUCCCCCGCCCUGCAGAGCUCAGUCUGCCCGGAGCCCUCCAUGGGUGAAAACUGAUUUUUUUUUUGGAUUUUUCUUUUUUUAAAGUGCGUUGGUUAUUAUGGAUUUUUAUUUGGCCUUUUUUGGAGCUGAAAAAGGAAGAUUUUAGAAGAAAGAAUGGUAAGUUUUUUUGUUUUUUUCUUACAGGUAUUUAGAUAAGGGUCCCCCCUCAUUAUUUUUAGGAUGAGGGGGGUAGGUAGGGGUUAUUUUUUUGGGGGAGGGUUACAUUUUUAUUUAGGGCCCCGACCCACCCCUCAGGGGUGGGGGACAGGGGGGAGGACAAUAGCCCCCCUUAUUCUAAAUUUAGGGCCCCCACCCACCACUCAGGGCUCAUAAGGGAAAUGUAUGCUGCAACAUACAGUGCAACCCAUAUUUGGGACUAAUUAGCCACUUUAAACGCCGAUUGUAUGGCGGUUUUCACCUGGGGUAAGUUCACAUUCUUAAUAGAUCUAUGUAUAAAUGUCCUAUUUUGUGUAUAUACUGUUUUUCAUCUUUUUAUUGAUCCUGAGGAAAGUCCUGGUCGGACUGAAACGUUGAUCAUUGAUGUUUUAGCUUAUUUCUAAUAAAUUUUGCUUUAUAUUUACCGUGAGUGCAGCUAUUCGUUGGAUUUUUAUAUGGACGGCUACAUUUAGCUAGCACCCGGGAUACAAGGACAAUUAGAGCGUGAGUGCAGGGGCUUUUGGUAUUUUUUUAUAUAUAUAUAUAUAUAUGUAUAUAUAUAUAAUAAACAAUACACACGCACUUUCCUAUGUACUAAACAGCAACUUCAAUGUUGACAGAUUUUAUUAGUUUCCAUCCCCCCAUGUUUCAUAUAUAUAUAUAUAUAUAUAUAUAUAUAUUUGGGAGUCUAGCCAACUCCUUGGUUUUGCACCCCUCCCUGUUACAGGUGCCUCAUCUCAGGUCCCUAUUAAGUCUUGUACUGCAGAGAGCCUCAGAUGGAAUUUUUUCCCCAAUAAGUGGGUUAAUCUCAUAAGAACAGACAUUAGGCUGUUAGUGUAGGACCUGCCAAAGAUGGGGUACAUUGACGUUGUGGCAGGCUUAUACAAUGUAUGAUCAUAUAAUGUAACUAAAUCCCCAUUAUCUUUUGCCUAGAUUAGGUGUUUUUAGAAAAAACUUUUUAAAAAACUAAUAAAAUCUGUCAACAUUGAAGUUGCUGUUUAGUAGAUAGGAGAGUGCGCUGGAUCGUGUGUAUUGUUUAUUGUAUAAUAUGGCCCCCAGCAGCACCCCAUUUAAGCAUGUUCAGGUGAGUGCAACCACCCCCCCACCCCCAUGUUAUAUAUAUAUAUAUAUAUAUAUAUAUAUAUAUAUAUAUAUAUAUACAAAAAGAAAAAACCCAUACCACACCUUAGAGAUAUUUCACAAAAAGAUUUUUAUUCACAUUAUGCAUUAUCAAAACAUGCAAAGAAAUCACCUAACCACAUAACCACAUAAGUACAGGCAUAUAAAGUGCUCAAUGCCUUAACCCCAGUGUAACAAGAGGUAUACUGACCCGUCUGGAGACCACAGCACUCCAACGUUUCGACACUACGUCUUCCUCAAGGGGUAAUCUAAAACAACUAAGGUCCUGUUACCAUUUAUAAAGACCCACCACAUAACCCUAAGUGGAAUAAUAAAACAAGGUGAGAGGAGGGUGGGAUAUCCAAAGAAUCUCUGUAACCGCAUGUUACUUCCGCAUGUAGCGUCUGACGUCAUUGUGCAUGCGCACGCAACGUGUGACGUUAUAAUGACACGUGACUACGUGUUAACAGCAAAUGGGGGCGGUCUAAAGGAGGAGUGAGUGGGUUUCUAAUAUCGGAAGGAUCCCAGGACCAAUACUAAUGUAAACCACAAAGGUCCAAGCCUAACAAAACCGCACAUGACUGCUGACUCCUUUAAACACCAAAUCCCGUUAUCCUUCCAUUCCCAAUAAGUAAAGCAACAGCAUGUUAAGUGGGUAAAGGCAACGGCCACAGCUUUAUUGAAACCAGCAUAACCAAAUACUGUGGGCUGCUGGUUUUACCCAGCAGGCAGGUACACUUUAAACUUCUUCCAGAGCCUCUUCAGCCUGUCCUUCGUCAUCAACCAAAUUCAGACUGCGACUCCCCAAGCCCGUCCGGGCAUUAUUCAUUUACCAAACUUGCCGGUGCAGGAAACCCGCAGCUGUGACAAAAUUAAAAACAAAGAAAACACAACACAAAACAACAAUUACAGAACACAAAAAUUGAAGAGGGUGGGCAGGGAAAGACACUGCCAGGCUCCCUCAGCAUUGUUCACCAGUAGUCCGGUAAUUUUCCCGGAAUUCCCGGCUGCCAACUGCAAAACCAACUAUAUCCAUUUAGUUGCUAUGCCAACCCCUCAGGGCAGCAGUCAUAUACAUUCACACACACAAGAAUACUCUCUGUCAGACACACACACACACACUCUCAGGCACAUACACAGGUCGACAUUGCAUCAAUGUGUAUGUGUGCAUGUAUUGCAACUCUAUUUUUUCACUUUGUUGUUAGUGGGGCCUCAUGUUUGAGUCUCGCCUAAGGCCUCAUUAAGUCUAGAGCUGCAUCUGCUUUGGACUAUGAUGAGCUUAUCAACUGCUUUGCCACACAGAAGCUCUUAUUUUGUCAUUAAAGUAAAUCAAUUCUAUAUUUUUACUUCACAUAAUUAAAAAUACUUCUAUAGGCAAUCUACAAAUUGUAUAACAUUAACCUGUUAUUGUUUAUUCUACAGACACAGAUCCCGUCAACCCCGUUUAAAGAUCAAGUUUCAGAGGUAAGUGACGUUAUUUAUCAGGUUUUAGGGGGUAAGUGGCCCAGAAUCAUUCGAUUUCCUCCUGUUAUGAAGCAAUCCAAGUCAGGAUGAGAGAACCCAGUUUGUUGGAUCAGAAAUAUAUGAUAAAGGAUGUAAUAAAGAUGGCAGACUGGAGUGCCUCCAAACACCAUAACCACUGCCUGGGGAAUAAAUUUGGUUCUUAAAUAAACAGCAAUGACCUCAUACACGAAGCACGUAGAGACAUCUCCAAGAAUUGCUUUGUAUUUCAGAAAAAAUUUGCUUUGAUGAAAAAUCGCAAUAUUACAAGCAACAUUUCUAUUGUAGAUUGUACUGUUAUAUAAAUGGGACAUUCAGUAAAUGUUGCCAUAUAACGAGGAGACUUAUUUAUCCAGACACAAAAUUAGCAUUUUUGUUUCUGUUUUUUUUCAUAGGAUGUAACUCUAGAAGACAAUCUAGAUUUGGAAAUGUCUAUUACAUCUGCAAAUUGCUCUCUUCGAAAAGCUGGGUCUACACUUUCUUUAGGUGCAGCAGUUAAAGUGGUCAGUGAAUCUCUCGGAGUUCUUGUGUCUGCGCCAGCUGUAAGUAUCCAUCUUAACAAUUAGGGAUGUGCAUGGGAAAGAGAGUGAGAGCGAGUAGAGCUACCCUACUCCAACCACUAACCCUACCCCAACUCCAACCCCUAACCCCAACCCUCUCCUGUUUUGCCACUUUUCAGAGAUCCAAACAUUUUGGAAAUUCGGUGGUUCGGUUCGGCAUUCCGAAACUUCAGAAAUUUGGAAGCAUCCGAAUGUCCAAGUUUCCGAGAACAAAACGAAUUGCACAUGUCUAUUAACAAUUUAGUAACUGAUUAGAUGGAAAAGAUGCACACUAAAAUGUGGCUUAGAAUAAAUAUUAUUUUAGAGAAAUAUUUCGCCAAGGGGAAAGUCAUAAACCUGUUCUUUAGUUUCUGCAGCAAAUAACAUACUUGUGCAUUCAGAUUCAAACAAAUUACAAUUCUGGGCUGAUCAGCUUUUUGGGCGAAUUAACAAACUCCGAUGUGCCAUAUAUACGUAUAACUGAGCAAACGACUAACAAGAUGGGCAAACAUGGUUCAGUAUUAUGAUUGGUUUAUUAGUUUGCCCUUUUUGCUUUGUUGGAAUGUUUUCCUAAAUAUAUUUAGGAAAACAAAGAAAAAUAAAGGGCCAAUGUGAGAAUGAGGCUCCCUGGAUAUAAUCCAGUAUCCUAUAGUAUAGACUGGUAAAAAAUAAUGACAAUAAAAGGUAGUAAUAACAAAACAUAAUCAGAACUAUUUACAAAUAGAGUUGCGUGGACACCUGGAUGUUCGGGUUCGCCAAGUUCGGCCGAACUUCAUCAAAAAGUUCAAGUUCAGCUCGAACUUGACCCCAAACUUGACCCCGAACUUUUGGGCACUAAAAUGCCUCUUAAAAACUCCUGGAAAGGGCUAGAGGGUUGCAAAAGGAAGUAAAAUGGGGGUAAAAGUGCCCUGCAAACAAAUGUGGAUAGGGAAAUCACUUAAAAUAACUUAAAAUAACAUAAAAUAAACAGCUGCUUAGUAGAUAACUCCCUAAUUCCCACGGUAUUAGGGAGCUAUCUACCAAAAGGCUGAAAGACCUAAAUUGGUCUUUGAGCUACAUUUACUAAUACUAAGUAAAGAUUACUUAGUAUUAGUAAAUUCAGCCCCUACUCGCUAUACCGCGAGUAGGGUCGUGUCUAGUAAACAGUGAGCAGCCAAAAAAAAACAAAAAACUAUUGGCCCCCACCCCUGAACGGCGGGUGGGGGUCCUAAAGUAAAAUAAGGGGGGGGAACCUAUUGUCCUCCCCCCCGGCCCCCACCAGGGCACGGUGGGUGGGGGCCCUAACAGUGGCGUCUCUAGGAUUCAUUUUAGGGGGUGCUCAUGGUGGGCCAGGGACAAAAGAAGAGGGGCACAUUUAACCCCGCCCUCACCGCCCCACGGUGGGCACAUUUAAGCCCCGCCCCCGACACAAUGUGUGGUGUGUUGUUUUUUUUAUAAUCCCUGGUGGAGGAUUCAUUAUUUUCCACCAGGGAUUUUUAAAAAACAAACACAUUUCCCUUGGUACAGUGCCAUAGUUGCCAACAUUUGAAUACAAUUUCCAAGAACAUUUUGCAGCACAGCUAUCAAUUACUACCUUGAAAGAUUACCACACCCACUGCUGCAAAACUCGACCCACUAUGUCCAACCCACAUAAUUAAUCUCUAUUCCAAAGAACUUUCCCACGCUGUGUAAAAUGACACAGAGCACUCUGAUUGGUGGAUUUCAAGCCGUCCAAUCGGAGUAUUGUGACAGGUAAAUGUAGAGACUUACCUGUCAGUCUCUUCAUUUAUCUGUCAGAGCACUCUGACUGGAUGGCUUAAACCCACCAAUCAUAGUGCUCAGAGCCUAAUUGCAGGGCAAUGCCUUAUAAGCCUUCCCCCGCCCUGCAGAGCUCAGUCUGCCCGGAGCCCUCCAUGGGUGAAAACUGAUUUUUUUUUUGGAUUUUUCUUUUUUUAAAGUGCGUUGGUUAUUAUGGAUUUUUAUUUGGCCUUUUUUGGAGCUGAAAAAGGAAGAUUUUAGAAGAAAGAAUGGUAAGUUUUUUUGUUUUUUUCUUACAGGUAUUUAGAUAAGGGUCCCCCCUCAUUAUUUUUAGGAUGAGGGGGGUAGGUAGGGGUUAUUUUUUUGGGGGAGGGUUACAUUUUUAUUUAGGGCCCCGACCCACCCCUCAGGGGUGGGGGACAGGGGGGAGGACAAUAGCCCCCCUUAUUCUAAAUUUAGGGCCCCCACCCACCACUCAGGGGUGGGGGCUGGGGGGGAGGACAGUAGGUCCCCCCCCUCAUUGUUAUUUAGGGCCCCCACCCGCCGUGCAGAUGUGGGGGCCGGGGGAGAGGACAGUAGGUGUCCCCCCUCAUUCUUAUUUAGGGCCUCCACCCACUGCUCAGGGGUGGGGUUCAGGGGGGAGGACAGUAGACCCUGUUCCCAACCCUGUUCCCUUUGUCAGCCCCUGUCCCCCCUCCUCAGCCCUGUCCCCUUUGUCAGCCCCUGUCCCCCCUCCUCAGCCCUGUCCCCUUUGUCAGCCCCUGUCCCCCCUCCUCAGCCCUGUCCCGGUAGUCAGCCCCUGUCCCCUCCUCAGUCCUGUCCCUGUCAGCCCCUGUCCCCCCCCUCCUCAGCCCUGUCCCAUUAGUCCGGCCCCUGUCCCCUUCUCAGCCCUGUCCUUGGUCAGCCCCUAUUCCUUCCUCAUCCCUGUCCCUUAGUCAGCCCGUCCCCCCCCUCCUCAGCCCCUGUCAUCCCCCUCCUCAGCCCCUGUCCCCCCCUCCUUGGGGCCUGUCCCCUCAUCCUCAGCCCCUGUACCCCCUCUUCAGCCCACGUCCCCCCUCCUCAGCCCCCUCUCCCCUUAGUCAGCCCCUGUCCCCCUCCUCAGCCCUGUUCCCUUAAUUAGCCCCUGUCCCCCCUCCUCAGCCCUGUCUCCUUAGUCAGCCCCUGUCACCCACCCUCAGCCCUGUUCCCUUAAUCAGCUCCUGUCCCCCUCCUCAGCCCUGUCUCUUUAGUCAGCCCCUGUCCCCCCCUCCUCAGCCCCUGUUCCUUAUUCAGCCCUGUCCCCCUCCUCAGCCCCUUCCCCCCUCCUCAGCCUGUCCCCUUAGUCAGCCCCUGUCCCCCCUCCUCAGCCCUGUCCCCUUGCGCAGCCCCUGUCACCUUCCCUAGCCCUGUCCCCUUCCUCAGCCCCUGUCCCCCUUCCUCAGCCCCUAUCCCACCCUCUCAGUCCCUGCCCCCCCUUUCUGUCUGUAUGUCUCUGUGUGUGUGUGUGUGUGUGUCAGUAUGUCUGUGUGUGUGUGCGCCAGUAUGUCUCUGUGUGUGUGUGCGCCAGUUUGUCUGUGUGUGCGCCAGUAUGUCUGUAACAGUGUGCCUUUCUGUGUGCCUGUCAGUGAGUGUGUGUUUUUAGUGUGUGCCAAUCAGCAAGUGUGUGUGUGCCUGUCAUUGAGUGUCUGUUUAGGUGAUGCCCCCUCCCACCCACUCCUCCCCACUCCUUUAAAUCACAUGGGAAAGGUGUUUUUUUUUUUUUACUCUCCUCUUGGUGCAAUGGGCCACCUGACUGGAUUUGGCCACCAGGCUGUGUAUUUGUGGUCUGUGUAUUUUGUGGUUUUGUUCGGUUACCGUCUCAGGCUGCAGCGUUUUUUGUUUCUUCUCCGUACUGUGGCGGUUAAUUCUCCUGCAGCAUGGAGUACACCACCAGUGAAGUCUGCCGGUGCAGGGAGAGCUAGUAAUAGCAUUAGCCACCAGUGUGGGGAGAUUUAACCUGUGCAGGGCUGCAGGGAGACUUACACACGGGUUAAGUCCCCUGCUGCAGGGAGAUCCAGGUUUUUUUUUGUUUCUUCUCAGUGCUGUGGGGGUUAAUGCUCCUGCAGCACAGAGUCUAUUUAAUGAACUAAAACAAAAAGAUAAUGCAUUAGCCCUUUUGUUUCGUAUAUAAUUUGUAUGUAGGACUGUCGUUUAUGUUAUAGUAAACAAAUACGAAAAAGUCAGAAAAUUUGGAUGAAAUCAAAUUCGUCCAAUAAGGAAUGCACACGUCUAAUACAAACCACUAAGUGUGAAAUAAUAAUGAAUACAGUUUUUAGGAUAAUAGGAGCAUUAACCCCUUAAGGAUGGCGGGCGUUCUAUGCCGUCCUUUUUGGGGUGGUUCUAAACGCCGGCGGGCAGCAUAGAACGUCCCUGCCGUCCAGGGCACUUACCGGGUCCCCGCCGAUCACAAGCUGGCGGUCGUGAUCCUGGGGUCUGCCUGAACUAUCAGGCAGUCCCCCUCAUGCCUGUAAAAGUUUUUUAAAAAGUUAGUAGGUUAUUACACAGUUUUUAAAUUAAAUAAAAAUUACUUAGAUCAUAUAUAUAUAUAUAUAUAUAUAUAUAUAUAUAUAUAUAUAUUGUAAGUACUUUUAUAUACACAUACAUCAUUAAUAAAAGUGUAUUUUAAUAUAUAUAUAUAUAUAUAUAUAUAUAUAUAAUUUGUAAAAAUUUAUAUACCAGUUUUAAUUUGUUCUAACUGUUUUUUGAUAUUAAUAUACAUAUAUUAAAUUCAAAAUACUUAGAAUGACGUUAUAAAUAUAUAUAUAUAUAUAUAUAUAUAUAUCAAAAAAAUGUUUAUAUAUAUAUAUAUAUAUAUAUAUAUUUAUAUAAUAUUUUUACAAAAGUAAGUCAUUUUAUUAAUUACAAUCUGAGGGACCUGCCCGACAACCUAGGUAGAAAGUCCAGAGAAUUUUGCUCGCAAGCCCUAUAUUUAGCCCUGUAACUUUCCAAGACACCAUAAAACUUGUAUAUGGGGGGGUACUGUUUUACUCGGGAGACUUCACUGAAUACAAGUAUUAGUGUUUCGAAACAGAAAAACAUAUCACAACGAUGAUAUCGUCAUUACAAAUGCAGUUUUCUGCAUUUUUCACACACAAACUGUACUUUCACUGACAAUAUAAUUUUUGUGAUACAUUUACUAUUUUUAAACACUAAUAUGUGUUUAGUGACGUCUCCUGAGUAUAACAGUACCCCCCAUGUACAGGUUUUAUGGUGUUUUCAAAAGUUACUGUGUCAAAUAUAAGUCUUGAAUUUCCUUUUUUCACAUUGAAAUUUGCCAGAUUGGUUACGUUGCCUUUGAGACCGUAUGGUAGCCCAGGAAUGAGAAUUACCUCCAUGAUGGCAUACCAUUUGCAAUAGUUGACAACCCAAGGUAUUGUAAAUGGAGUAUGUCCAGUCUUUUUUAGUAGCUACUUGGCCAAAAUUAGCGUUCAAAUUUAGCUUUUUGCAUUUUUCACACACAACAAAUAUGAAUGCUAACUUUGGCUAGUGCUUGUGACUAAGUGGCUACUAAAAAAGACUGGACAUACCCCAUUUGUAAAACCUUGGGUUGUCUACUAUUGCAAAUUAUAUGCCAUCAUGGGGGUCAUUUUUUAUUCCUAGGCUACCAUACGCUCUUGAAGGCAACAUAACCAAUCUGGCAAAUUUCAAUGUGUAUAAACUGAAACAUGUAAUGUGCUAUAUUUGACCCUGUAACUUUCCAAAACACCAUAAAACCUGUACAGUGGGGGCACUGGUUUACUUGUGAGACAACGCUUACUACAAAGAUGUGUACUUUAUUGCAGUAACAGCUAACAGUAUUGUGACAUUCACAGUUAAAAUGCCAUGCAGACCCAAAAUGUUUUCUUAAUUUGUAAAAAAAUUUUAUAUUUUAUUCAUAUUAAAUUAUGUUUAAUAUACAAAUAUUUGAUAUGAUAUGAAAGCUCAGUUUCUCCUAAACAAAAUUAUAUAUGAUACGUGUGGGUGCACAUAGUAUGAAAGAUGUAAAUUACGCCUUAACAGACAUAUAGCGCAAAUUCAAAGUUUUGUUAACGUUUUGAUUUGAUCACAACUUGUACAACUGCCUCAGUCCUUAAGGGGUUAAACAUUAACAUUUUUUUGCAUGAAAUGAAUCAAAUAAUUACAUAAUCCUUUAUUGCAGAAUGCACAGGUGGGAAUCUCACUGAAUGCAACAAAAUUGAAUAUUGGAGUUAACUUUCACUUAUUAAGGUAACUACAAUUUACAUUUACAAUUUUGAGUUUGGUAAAAAUUAAACAUAAUAUGUGUCUGGGCUGAAACUGCAACAUUCUCUAGUUAUGUGACACCCGAUUUUAACUACUAAUUUAUAUACUGAAUUGAGAAAACAAAGGAUUAUUCAGUGGUCGUUUGUGUAGGAGAAUUGAAACUAAAUGAAUCUUGAUAAAUGCAUGAAGUGAUAGUGUUUGAAUUUUUCAGCUGAUGAUUAAUAUUAGACUAAAUGUCAUGAAAAUACUGAUCAUGGAUCUAGUGAAAUUCUCAUAAAGAAGGCCUCCUCUAGUUAAAACUUGUUAAGAUUGAAGUGAAACGGCUCCUUUUAGUUAGAAGCAGUUUGUCAAUGCAUACCACUUGCUUUAUGUUUAUGAUGUGAUUUUAUUCUUUUAUUUCUAAAUUAUUUUUCCUUACACAGUGAUUUUCAACUAAACAAUAAAUCUACACGCAGCAGUUCUGUUAGCUCUAAUGUAAGUAUUCAGUUAAUGAACAUGUGACAAAACUGCCCCUUACAUGGAAAUGUCCUAUCUAGAUAAUCAAAAGCUCUUUUAUAAAUUUGGAGAUCUCUAUCCGCCAACCGCGUGCCUCUGCCAAUCAAUGCUCCUAGUGCUCACAGCACUCCACCAGACAUCAUCAGCACUGUAGUCCCCACUUGCAGCAUUGCAGCUUGGUCGGGGUCUCGCUGUCCUCCAGCCACCCUGGACCCAAAACCAUGAUCCAGCUUCCAGUGGGUAGACCUCUCCUCCAAGAGAGCGCUCUUAAAAGAGCAAGUGAUUAUAAUCCCAAGGGAGUAUAGUGAUAUAGCAAUCCCCAGGGUAGAUACAGCCAUUUCCCCCACACCUGAGAUGAGACUCUAUGUUGAGGGUAAGCAGAAACUCCUUUAUUGGUAGCCACAACUGGCCUUAUAUGCAAGUCCCCGUGCAGGGGCACACCCCCUGGACCUAAGAGUAAACCACAGUAGAAACAAAUACAAAACCCAUGGAAACCCAACAAAUGUUACAUCCCCAGAUAGCUCCGAUCUGGGUGACCAAUAUAUCCAAAAAUCACCCAGAUCGGUACAGGGGUUCAGGAUUUCCAUUGAGGUCAUAUUUUGACCGACCGCACACGAGGCUCCUGCCUAAAAGAGUUCCAUGAAUUCAGGCUGUGCGGUCGGUCUCUUUUAGGAAUACCCAAUAUAUUCCAAAAUACUGAACGUAACAGUUCGUGGGUAGAUUCAGUCUAUGCCUCUCGUUCAGUAGCUUCUUCCCACCGAACGCCGCUCUUCUCAUAAGAACACCACCGAACAUACUUGGAGAUGGAAGUCCCAGUGGUGUUCACACCGGCGAGUGUCCGAUUAUGGUUCCAUGCACUCAACGACCAAACACCGCUGUAUGUGUUUGCGACUAAAGAUGGCCGCCGCCACGUGUUCACAUAUACGAACGACGGCCACCCAGCUAACCACUUAGAACAUUGCGGUUAAGGUGUUGAUAGGGGUCAAGAGUCAACAAGCAGCACACGACUGUUCUGGGUGGUUGGUCCGUCCAACAGUUUAUUCGGUAUACAAACAACAUUAGUCUGAUCCGUUCGGCCAGCUCCAAAUACCAAACCAUACAAGUACAAAAGGCACUGUGACAAAAAGUGUGCCAUGAGUUUUUGGAGGGGCCUGCUUGCCAGCCUCCUACCCUGGGACUAUGGGCCCUGUGAUAACCCAUGUUCAAAAGUACUGUUUCUGCCCCUUGGACUUUUAACUGGAGCAGAUUCAAACAUGUGGCAGCAACCAUCUUAAAUUGUCCAGUAGUGUUUUGUUGUUGAGUGUAUGGAACUGUUUUGGGCAUGGGACCAUGUGCACGGUGGCAAAAAUAAGACUUCCUGGAAAUUCCUGAACCCCUGAACCAAUCUGGGAGAUUUUCGGAUUUGUUGUUCACUCAGAUCAGGGCAAUUAGGGGAUGUGACGUUUGUGGAGAUAUGUUGUAUUUUGGGGUACUUUUUGCGGUUUGUAAAAAUGUAUGUUUUUUCUGCUUAGAGUUAAUUGAGUUAGUCCAUUGUCUUCGUUAAUUGUAUCACAGGCAGAAGGGAGAGAUUGUGUACACUGUAUGGGAGUGUCUGAAUGUAAACCUCUGUUUUUAUUGGCUAGUAUGUUUUGUAUUUGGUGCCAAACUAGGACCAUCCAUUGGCGGAGGUACCCAACCGGAGUACAGGAAGCUCCGUUACAGGCAUGAACAGUGUCUGUAAGCAAGGUUUAUCACAGCGGCCAUAGUCCUGGGGCAAGAUGCUGGCAAUCAAGCCCCUCCAUGAACCAGUGGCAAGGUGGUGAGGUUCCUUUCGCCACACUUGGGUCUCCAGUUUAACUAAUUUAUAUAGUGACUCAAAGAUAUAAAAAAGCUAUUCAUCUAGAACAGGGGAUGGCAAUCUUUGGCACUCCAGAUGUUGUGAACUCCAUGUCCUAUAAUGCUUUGCCUGCAUUAUGCCUGUCAGAGCAUUAUGGGAGAUGUGUGUGCGUAUGUAUAUGUGUGUGUGUAUGUGUAUAUAUAUAUACACACACACACACACACACACACACACAGGUGAUACUCGAAAAAUUAGAAUAUCGUGCAAAAGUUAAUUUAUUUCAGUAAUGCAACGUAAAAGGGGAAACUAAUAUAUGAGAUAGACGCAUUACAUGCAAAGCAAGAUAGUUCAAGCCGUGAUUUGUCAUAAGUGCGAUGAUUCUGGCUUACAGCUCAUGAAAACCCCAAAUCCACAAUCUCAGUAAAUUAGAAUAUUGUGAAAAGGUGCAAUAUGCUAGGCUCACAGUGUCCCACUCUAAUCAGCUAAGUAACCCAUAACACCUGCAAAGGGUUACUGAGCCUUUAAAUGGUCUCUCAGUUUGGUUCAGUAGGAAUCACAAUCAUGGGAAAGACUGCUGACCUGACAGUUGUGCAGAAAACCAUCAUUGACACGCUCCAUAAGGAGGGAAAGCCUUAAAAGGUAAUUGCGAAGGAAGUUGGAUGUUCCCAAAGUGCUGUAUCAAAGCACAUUAAUAGAAAGUUAUGUGGAAGGGAAAAGUGUGGAAGAAAAGGGUGCACAAGCAGCAGGGAUGACCGCAGCCUGGAGAUGAUUGUCAGGAAAAGGUCAUUCAAAAGUGUUGGGGACUUUCACAAGGAGUGGACUGAGGCUGGAGUCAGUGCAUCAAGAGCCACCACACACAGACAGAUCCUGGACAUGGGCUUCAGAUGUCAUAUUCCUCUUGUCAAGCCGCUCCUGAACAACAAACAAUGUCAAAAGCGUCUUACCUGGGCUAAAGAAAAACAGACCUGGUCUGUUGCUCAGUGGUCCAAAGUCUUCUUUUCUGAGGACAGCAACUUUUCCAUCUCGUUUGGAAACAAAGGACCCAGAGUCUGGAGGAAGAAUGGAGAGGCACACACUGCAAGAUGCUUGAAGUCCAGUGUGAAGUUUCCACAGUCUGUGUUGAGUUGGGGAGCCAUGUCAUCUGCUGGUGUUGGUCCACUGUGCUUCAUUAAGUUCAGGGUCAACACAGUCGUCUACCAGGAGAUUUUGGAGCACUUAAUGCUCCCUUCCGCAGACGAGCUUUAUGGGGAUGCUGACUUCAUUUUCCACCUGCCCACACUGCCAAAAGCACCAAAGCCUGAUUCAAUGACCGUGGGAUUACUGUGCUUGAUUGGCCAGCAAACUCGCCUGACCUGAACCCCAUAGAGAAUCUAUGGGGCAUUGCCAAGAGAAAGAUGAGACAUGAGACCGAACAAUGCAGAAGAGCUGAAGGCAGCUAUUGAAGCAUCCUGGUCUUCCAUAACACCUCAGCAGUGCCACAGGCUGAUAGCUUCCAUGUGCCAUGCCGCAUUGAGGUAGUAAUUGCUGCAAAAGGGGCCCAAACCAAGUACUGAGUCCAUAUGCAUGCUUCUACUUUUCAGAGGUCUGAUAUUGUUCUAUGUACACUCCUUGUUUUAUUGAUUGCAUGUAAUAUUCUAAUUUACUGAGAUUGUGGAUUUGGGGUUUUCAUAAACUGUAAGCCAUAAUCAUCGCACUUAUGACAAAUCACGGCUUGAACUAUCUUGCUCUGCAUGUAAUGCAUCUAUUUCAUAUAUUAGUUUCCCCUUUUACGUUGCAUUACUGAAAUAAAUGAACUUUUGCACGAUAUUCUAAUUUUUCGAGUAUCACCUGUAUGUGUAUGUAUGUGUGUGUGUAUAUAUAUAUAUGAAAUAAGUAGUGUAAAGAUAGCACUCCAAGGACUUCAGAAAUAUGGUGAAAAAACUUACCUUUAUUCAGGCAUCAGCCUAGGUGGAUCAACGUUUCAGUUCACAAAUGGAAAGUUCCAUUAGUGAACUGAAAUGUUGGUCCACCUAGGCUGAUACCUGAAUAAAGAUAGGUUUUUUCACCAUAUUUCUGAAGUCCUUGGAGUGCUAACUUUACACUACUUAUUUUAUAUUUAUUGCUGACCAGCACCAGGCCGAUUAUCUCUUAACAGUAGUGCAAGCAUUGGAUUUUAUAUAUAUAUAUAUAGAUAUCUCCAGGAGAAGGAGAGCACUCACGGGUCUUGAUGUCAGAGCGUUUAACGCUGUAUUUAUUAACAUAGCAUAGCACAAUGUUGCAAAACAAACAAAAAUCUAGGUUUCAUUCCUAUUACUUGGACGAGGCCCCAGGGAGAGUGCGCAGCUUAGCGGAAAAGGGCACAUGAAUGAGUGUGGGAAUGGAUGAAACGGGAUGGGCUGUGGUUAUGUUGGGGGAGUGUUGUAUGAGAGGAAGUGGGUGGUGACAAUUGGGACUGACCUCAGUGCCACUUAGGAGCCGGGCCAGCAACAAGUUUCUCUGCCUCCUCCUGUUGAUUUGGGCCUGUUGGAUUUUCGGCCUGUGGUUUCUUGGAUGUUGAAGCCAUCCUGACUGCCCUCAGGGCUGGUGCUGCUGCAGACGGUGGCCGGCAGCUCCGCUAAUUCUGAUUGGUUUAUUAGUUUGCCCUUUUUGCUUUGUUGGAAUGUUUUCCUAAGUAUUUUUUAGGAAAACAAAGAAAAAUAAAGGGCCAAUCAAUGUCUUCUCACAAAAAUGAGAAGGAGGCUCCCUGGAUAUAAUCCAGUAUCCUAUAGUAUAGACUGGUAAAAAAAUAAUGACAAUAAAGGUAGUAGUAACAAAACAUAAUCAGAACUAUUUACAAACUAACUAUAUACAGAAAACAUCCUAGCCUUAUAAGGCUUUCCUAUACCUUGCAUUGCAAGUUUGUUUUUCGGCCGAAAUUCUGUAAAUUUGUUUUCGCCCAUUAUGCCGAAAAUAAAACUGCACAUGUGCAAACAAAAAGCAAGGAGGGAGCCGGCAACGAAUAAAAUACCAAACGUAUGCUUUAGCUGGUAUGCAGAUAGUGUUCACCUAAUCCACCGAAUAGUGUUCUUCCAAGAUGUAAAGAAGCAAAUGCAGGCAAGGAUGGAAGUUCAGUGGUGUUUGCGAUGUCGAGUGUUCGCUUUUAGUUACAUGCACUUGACGACUAAAAUCCGCUGCCUGCAUUCGUGCACACAAGAUGGCCGCCACCAUGUGUUUAUGCAUACGAAUGGUGGCCACCCAGUCGACCACAGAACACUGAGGUGUGAAUUGUUAUUGAGGUGUUAACAGGGGUGAAAGAGGUUAAUAAGCAUACGGGUGGUCUGGGUAUUUUGUGGUUUUGUUCGGUUACUGUCUCAUCCCCUUCACAGGCUGCAGGGAGAACCAGCGUUUUUUGUUUCUUCUCUGUGCUGUGGGGGUAAUGCUCCUGCAGCACAAAGUCUAUUUAAUGAACUAAAACAAAAAGGUAAUGCAUUUGCCCUUUUGUUUCGUAUAUAAUUCCUAUGUGUGACUUUCAUUUAUGUUAUAGUAAACGAAUACAAAAAGUCAGAAAAUUUGCACGAAAUAAUAUUCGUCCAAUAACGAAUGCACAUGUCUAAUACAAACCCCUAAGUGUGAAAUGAUAAUGAAUACAGUUUUGAGGAUAAUAGGAGCAUUAACCCCUUAAGGACAGCGGGUGUUCUAUGCCAUCCUUUUUGGGGCGGUCCUAAACGCUAGCGGGCAGCAUAGAACGUCCCCGCUGUCCAGGGCACAACCGUGUCCCUGCCGAUCCCACGCCAGCGGUCGUGAUCCUGGGGUCUGCAUGGGAGCUCAGGCCCGCUUCCCCAAUCCAGCCCCCCCCCGUCAUGUGAUCGCGGGGUCCUCGCGAUCACAUGGCCAGAAUAGCCAGCUUAUGCAGUGCCUGCAGGGGGCCUGCCUGAAAUAUCAGGCAGUCCCCCUCAUGCCUGUAAAAGUUUUUUUAAAAGUUAGUAGGUUAUUAAACAGUUUUUAAAUUAAAUAAAUUAAAUAAAAAGUACUUAGAUCAUAUAUAUAUAUAUAUAUUCUAAGUACUUUUAUAUACACAUACAUCAUAAAUAAAAGUGUAUUUUAAUAUAUAUAUAUAUAUAUGUGUAUAUAUAUAUAUAUAUAUAUAUUAAAAUACACUUAGAAUGACGUUAAUUAUAUGUACAGUGUAUAUAUAUAAAAAAAAAUUAAAAAAUUUAUAUACCAGUUUUAAUUUGUUCUAACUGUAUUUUGAUAUUAAUAUACAUAAAUUAAAUUUAAAAUAGUUAGAAUGUUAUAAAUACAUAUAUAUAUAUAUAUAUAUAUAUAUAUAUAUAAAAAUAAUAAAAUUAUAUAUAAAUUCUACAAAUAUAUUUAUAUAAUAUUUUUACAAAAUUAAGUCAUUUUAUUAAUUACAAUCUGAGGGACCUUCCAACAACCUAGGUAGAAAGUCCAGAGAAUUUGGCUCGCAAGCCCUAUGUUUAACCCUGUAACUUUCCAAGGCACCAUAAAACCUGUAUGUGGGGGGUACUGUUUUACUCGGGAGACUUCACUCAAUACAAGUAUUAGUGUUUCAAAACAGAAAAACAUAUCACAACGAUAUCGUCAGUACAAAUGCAGUUUUUUGCAUUUUUCACACACAAACUGUACUUUCACUGACAAUAUAAUUAUUGAUACAUUUACUAUUUUUAAACACUAAUAUUUGUAUUCAGCGAAGUCUCCUGAGUAUAACAGUAACCCCCCCUCCCCUGUACAGUUUUUAUGGUGUUUUCAAAAGUUACUGAGUCAAAUAUAAGGCUUGCAUUUCUUUUUUUCACAUUGAAAUUCGCCAGAUUGGUUAUGUUGCCUUUGAGAGCGUGUGGUACCCAGGAAUGAGAAUUACCUCCGUGAUGGCAUACCAUUUGCAAAGGUAUUGCAAAUGGGGUAUGUCCAGUCUUUUUUAGUAGCCACUUAGUCACAAACACUGGCCAAAAUUAGCGUUCAUAUUUAGUUUUUUGCAUUUUUCACACACAACAAAUAUGAAUGCUAACUUUGGCCAGUGUUUGUGACUAAGUGGCUACUAUAAAAGACUGGACAUUUGUAAAACCUUGGGUUGUCUACUUUUGCAAAUUAUAUGCCAUCAUUAGGGUAAUUUUUUAUUCCUAGGCUACCGUACGCUCUCAAAGGCAACAUAACCAGUCUGGAAAAUUUCAAUGUGUAAAAACUGAAACAUGUAAUGUGCUAUAUUUGACCCUGUAACUUUCCAAAACACCAUAAAGCCUGUACAUUGGGAGUACUGUUUUACUCGGGAGACUUCGCUGAACACAAAUAUGUGUAUUUUAUUGCAGUAGCAGCUGACAGUUUUGUGACAUUCACAGUUAAAAUGCCAUGCAGACCUUAAAAUGUUUUCUUAAUUUCUCAAUUUUCUUUAUAUUUUAUGCAUAUUAAAUUAUGUUUAAUAUACAAAUAUUUGAUGUUAAAUGAAAGCUCAGUUUCUCUUAAACAAAAUGAUAUAUGAAAAGUGGGGGUGCACAUAGUAUGAAAGAUGUAAAUUAAGCCUUAACAGACAUAUAGCCCAAAUUCAAGGUUUUGUUUUUAUCACAACUUGUACAACUGCCUCAGUCCUUAAGGGGUUAAACAUUAACUGUUUUUGCAUGAAAUAAAUCAAAUAAUUACAUAAUCCUUUAUUGCAGAAUGCACAGGUGGGAAUCCCACUGAAUGUAACAAAAUGGUUUGCUGUAAUGAACUUUCACUUAUUAAGGUAACCACAAUUUACAUUUACAAUUUUGAGUUUGGUAAAAAUUAAACAUAAUAUGUGUCUGGACCGAAACUGCCACAUUCUCUAGUUAUGUGACACCCGAUUUUAUCAACUAAUUUUUAUACUGAGAAAACAAAGGGUUAUUCAGUGGUCGCUUCUGCUGAGUUCUUCUGAUUUCAGCAGGGCUUACAAGGUUUUUAAGCAAAUUUAUUAGAAAUUGGUUCUUUCCUCAGUUCUGAAGCAUCUUGUAGAUCACUAUCAUUUAACGGUAUCCUAACUCCUUUCAAAGUUUAGUGUAGGAGAGUUGAAACUAAAUGAAUCUUGAUAAAUGCAUGAAUUGAUAGUGUUUGAAUUUUUCAGCUGAUGAUUAACAUUUGACUAAAUGUGAUGAAAAUACUGAUCAUGGAUCUAGUGAGAUUCUCAUAAAGAAGGCCUCCUCUAGUUAAAACUUGUUAAGAUUGAAGUGAAACGGCUCCUUUUAGUUAUAAGCAGUUUGUCAAUGCAUACCACUUGCUUUAUGUUUAUGAUGUGAUUUUAUUCUUUUAUUUCUAAAUUAUUUUUCCUUACACAGUGAUUUUCAACUAAACAAUAAAUCUACACGCAGCAGUUCUGUUAGCUCUAAUGUAAGUAUUUAGUUAAUGAACAUGUGACAAAACUGGCCCUUACAUGGAAAUGUCCUAUCUAGAUAAUCAAAAGCUCUUUUAUAAAUUUGGAGAUCUCUAUUCGCCAACCGCGUGCCUCUGCCAAUCAAUGCUCCUAGUGCUCACAGCACUCCACCAGACAUCAUCAGCACUGUAGUCCCCACUUGCAGCAUUGCAGCUUGGUCGGGGUCCCGCUGUCCUCCACCCACCCUGGACCAAAGACCAGGAUCCGGCUUCCAGUGGGUAGACCUUUCCUUCAAGAGAGCGCUCUUAAAAGAGCAAGUUAUUAUAAUCCCAAGGGAGUAUUGUGAUAUAGAAAUCCCCAGGGUAGAUACAGCCAUUUCCUCCACACCUGAGAUGAGACUCUAUGUUGGGGGUAAGCAGAAACUCCUUUAUUAGUAGCCACAACUGGCCUUAUAUGCAAGUCCCCGUGCAGGGGCACACCCCCUGGACCUAAGAGUAAACCACAGUAGAAACAAUUACAAAACCCAUUAAAACCCCAAAAAUGUUAUAUCCCCUGAUUGCCCCGAUCUGUGUGACCAACAUAUCCAAAAAUCACCCAGAUCGGUUCAGGGGGUCAAUAUUUCCAUGGAAGUCAUAUGUUGACAAACCGCACAUGAGGCUCCUGUCCAAAACAGUUCCAUGAAUUCAGGCUGUGCGAUCGGUCUCUUUCGGGAAUACUCAAUAUAGUCCAAAAUAACGAACGUAACAGUUCGUGGGUAGAUUCAGUCUAUGCCUCUCGUUCAGGAGCUUCUUCACACCGAAUGCUGCUCUUCUCAUAAGAACGCCACCGAACAUACUAGGAGAUGGAAGUCCCAGCGGUGUUCACGCCAUUGAGUGUCCGAUUAUAGUUCCAUGCACUCGACGAGCAAACACCGCUGUAUGUGUUCGCGGCUAAAGAUGGCCACCGCCACGUGUUCACAUAUACGAACGACGGCCACCCAGCUAACCACUUAGAACAUUGCAGUUAAGGUGUUGAUAAGUGUCAAGAGUCAGCAAGCAGCACACGACUGUUCUGGGUGGUCGGUCCAUUCAACAGUUUAUUCGGUAUACGAAAAACAUUAGUCUGAUCCGUUCGGCAAGCCCCAAAUACCGAACCAUACACGUACAAAAGGCACAAACAAUGUCAAGGUUUUAACUUAACCACCCUGUACAUUUAUUUUAUUUUUAUUUAAUAUAUCCUGUGUACACUGUAUAUUUACUUGUUUUCUCGUAUUUAUAUCUUGUAUUUUAUGCUAAAGUGUAAUUUUGCUAGCCCUGUAUGUAAUUUUUUUAUUCACCUAUAUCCAUUCCUCUAUUUCCCCUCUGAUUUGUGACUGACCUCUGACCCCUCCCUUUUCUUAUUGAUAUGUUUGUUUUUAUUUGAAUACCCAUCUCUUCAUCUCUAUAUCUAGAUACAUUUCCCCCUCCCUUACCUUUAUUGCAAGCUCUCUGACCCUCACAUCUCUUUAUUCAACAGCCUGAUUCCCCAACUUUGCAAGCCCAUUCCUUCAGUGAGCAAGCCUGAUGCCCACCCACCCCACGCUCAUUAUUACAUUUAUAGAUUGUCUGUCACACCUACAUUUUAGUUAGGUUAAAAAAAAAAAAAAACUGCCUCUUAUUAGUACACUCCUGCACUUGCUUAACCCAUAAAACACCUUCACCUGCUCUUGAUAUUCCAAUUAUCUCCAAUUUAUAUUUUUCACAGUUUAGCAAUGAUCUGUUUUAUAGAAACAUAGAAACAUAGAAACAUAGAAUGUGACGGCAGAUAAGAACCAUUCGGCCCAUCUAGUCUGCCCAAUUUUCUAAAAACUUUCAUUAGUCCCUAGCCUUAUCUUAUAGUUAGGAUAGCCUUAUGCCUAUCCCAUGCAUGCUUAAACUCCUUUACUGUGUUAACCUCUACCACUUCAGCUGGAAGGCUAUUCCAUGCAUCCACUACCCUCUCAGUAAAGUAAUACUUCCUGAUAUUAUUUUUAAACCUUUGUCCCUCUAAUUUAAGACUAUGUCCUCUUGUUGUGGUAGUUUUUCUUCUUUUAAAUAUAGUCUCCUCCUUUACUGUGUUGAUUCCCUUUAUAUAUUUAAAUGUUUCUAUCAUAUCCCCCCUGUCUCGUCUUUCCUCCAAGCUAUACAUGUUAAGAUCCUUUAACCUUUCCUGGUAAGUUUUAUCCCGCAAUCCAUGAACCAGUUUAGUAGCCCUUCUCUGAACCCUCUCUAAGGUAUCAAUAUCCUUCUGAAGAUACGGUCUCCAGUACUGUGUACAAUACUCCAAGUGAGGUCUCACCAGUGUUCUGUACAAUGGCAUGAGCACUUCCCUCUUUCUACUGCUAAUACCUCUCCCUAUACAACCAAGCAUUCUGCUAGCAUUUCCUGCUGCUCUAUUACAUUGUCUGCCUACCUUUAAGUCAUCAGAAAUAAUCACCCCUAAAUCCCUUUCCUCAUAUGUUGAGGUUAGAACUCUAUCAAAUAUUCUGUACUCUGCCCUUGGGUUUUUACGUCCAAGAUGCAUUAUCUUGCACUUAUCCACAUUAAAUGUCAGUUGCCACAAUUCUGACCAUUUUUCUAGUUUACCUAAAUCAUUUGUCAUUUGGCUUAUCCCUCCUGGAACAUCAACCCUGUUACAUAUCUUAGUAUCAUCAGCAAAAAGACAUACCUUACCAUCAAGACCUUCUGCAAUAUCACUAAUAAAAAUAUUAAAGAGAAUGGGUCCAAGUACAGAUCCCUGAGGUACCCCACUGGUGACAAGUCCAAGCUUCGAAUAUAUUCCAUUAACUACAACCCUCUGUUGCCUGUCACUCAGCCACUGCCUUACCCAUUCAACAAUAUUUGAAUCCAAACUUAAAGAUUGCAGUUUAUUGAUAAGCCUUCUAUGUGCAACAGUGUCAAAAGCCUUACUGAAAUCUAGGUAAGCAAUGUCUACUGCACCACCCUGAUCUAUAAUUUUAGUUACCCAAUCAAAAAAUCAAUAAGAUUAGUUUGGCAUGAUCUCCCUGAAGUAAACCCAUGUUGUCUCUGAUCUUGAAAUCCAUGUGUUUUUAGAUGUUCAACAAUCCUAUCCUUUAACAUGGUUUCCAUCACUUUCCCCACUACUGAAGUAAGGCUUACUGGCCUAUAGUUGCCCGACUCCUCCCUAUUACCUUUCUUGUAAAUGGGCACAACAUUCGCUAACUUCCAAUCUUCUGGGACUACUCCUGUUAACAAUGAUUGGUUAAAUAAAUCUGUUAAUGGUUUUGCUAGUACACCACUAAGCUCUUUUAAUAGCUUUGGGUGUAUUCCAUCAGGUCCCAUUGACUUAUUUGUCUUUACUUUUGACAGUUGAAAUAGAACCUCUUCCUCUGUAAACUCACGUGUAAUAAAUGACUAAUUUAUCCUUUUUCUCAACUGAGGUCCCUUUCCUUCAUUUUCUGUUUUCUCCUCCUCUUUAUUUCCUCAGUCUCCCUCAGUAUAAAAAUCUCUCCUUACACCCACUUCACUCAUCCCCCCAUCCACAUUUACAUAUGCCCUUCUCUGCUACACUCCCCCCUUCUCUCAUCUCAUGCCUUACACUCAUUUUUCUACUCUCUCACUCCAACCCACAAUCGAUCUCAUCCUAGACCCCAAGCAUAUAAAACCUAUUCACACCUCCUGUCACUUUCUCUCCUCCUACUUCUAGCAGUUGGUGAUGUCUCUCCCAAUCCAGGGCCCUUCACCUUCUCUACACACACUAAGACAACCAGAAACCCCACAAAUCUCAUCACAAUACCCUGCCCUUUACCCUCACUUACCAAAAUUAAUUGUGCACUCAGGAAUGCCCGCUCCAUCUGCCGUAAUUUAAAAUCAACAACCAUACACGACUUUUUAAUUUCAUCUGCUUGCACUUACAGAGACCUGGCUGUCCCCCUCUCAUAGCGCUACUCCUGCCUCUUUAUAUUUUGGUGGGCUACAAUUCUCUCACACUCCCAGACUCAACUGUAAAGGAGGCGGCGUAGGCAUCCUUCUCUCCCCUCAAUGUACCUUUCAACCAAUCAUAACUCCCCCUGCCCUAUCCUUUUCUUCUUUUGAAGUUCACACUGUCCGCCUAUUUAAACCCACUCCUUUAAGAAUUGCUAUCAUCUACCGCACCCCCCUCCCCCAGUUAUCCUAGACCAGUGAUGGCGGACCUUUUUGAGCCCUAGUGCCCAAACCGUAAUACAUGCCAAUUUUUUUUCCCUCAAAGUGCCAAAACGGCAAUUAAACCUGAAUACUGAGGUUUAAGUUUAAAAAAAACAACUCAUACAGUUGUCCGAACUAAUUAACAUCUCUGUGUGUGUAUUAAGCAGUUGGUGUGUGUGCUCGGCAGUCUGUCUGUAUGUGUAUUAAGCAGUCUGUCUGUGUGUGUAUUUAGCAGUCUGUCUGUGUGUGUAUUUAGCAGUCUGUCUGUGUACUUAGCAGUCUGUCUGUAUUUAGCAGACUGCUGAAUACACACACAGACUGCUGAGUACACAGUCUGCUGAAUACACACAGACUGCUAAAUACACACACACACACAGACUGCUAAAUACACACAGACUGCUGAGUACACACACAAACACAGACUGCUGAGUACACACACACACAGACUGCAAAAUACAUACACACACACACACACACACAUAGACUGCUAAAUACACACACACAGACUGCUGAGUACACACACACACACUGCUGAGUACACACACACAGACUGCUAAGUACACACAGACUGCUGAGUACACACACACACACACACACAGACUGCUAAAUACACACACACAGACUGCUGAGUACACACACACACAGACUGCUGAGCACACACACACACACAUACUGCUGAGUACACACACACACACAAACUGCUGAGUACACACACACACAGAAUGCUAAAUACUCACACAGACUGCUGAGUACACACACACAGACUGCUGAGUACACACACACACAGACUGCUGAUUACACACACACACACAGACUGCUGAGUGUACACACACACAGACAGACUGCUGAGUGUACACACACAGACAGACUGCUGAGUGUACACACACACAGAGACUGCUGAGUGUACACACACUGCAUUGAGGGGUACAGUGUAUGUGUUUGUGUGUGGGGUGAUGUGUUUGUGUGUAGGGUGAUGUGUGUGUGUGGGGGGUGAUGUGGGGUGGUAUGUGUGUAUGUGUGUGGGUGGGGUGAUGUGUGUGUGUGUGUGGGGGGGGUGAUGUGUGUGUGUGUGUGUGGGGUGAUGUGUGUGUGUGUGGGGUGAUGUGUGUGUAUGUGUGUGGGUGUGUGUGGGGUGAUGUGGGGUGGUGUGUGUGUUUGUGUGAGGUGAUGUGUGUGUGUGUUUGUGUGGGGUGAUGUGUGUGUGUGUUUGUGUCGGGUUUGUGUGGGGUGAUAUGUGUAGGGCAGGGGUGCUGUGUGUAUGUCGUCCCCCCACUGUUUUCUUUCCCCCAUCCCUCCCUCAGUUUUUUCCCCCCAUCCUUCCCUCAGUUUUCUUCCCCCCAUCUCUCCCUCAGUUUUCUUUCCCCCACAUGUCUCCCCCAUCUCUCCCUCAGUUUUCUUCCCCCUUCAAUUUUCUUUCUACCCCCUUCAAUUUUCUUUCUACCACCCCCUCCCCCCUGUCCAUGAUCUCCUACCUUGUAUCGUGGCCGAGCGCACCGCAGAGCUUAGUUUCCUGUACCCGGCCGGACAGGAAGUGCUCUCUCUGUGAGCACUUCAUUUCUGUCCACCCGUGUACAGGAAACAUUAGUUCCUGUACCGCGGCGCGCUCGGCCACGCUAGACAGAGUGCCUGGCAGGAGGGAGCUCAUCUCCUGGCGGUCACUCCGGUUUUGCGCCCGCUGGGCCGGUGCACCCUAAGGUGGCCACUUGUGCCGCCUUAUGGAUGUGCCGGCGGAGCGCACCCUCCCUCCCUCCGGCGACCUGUGGCCGCAUGCCCACAGAGGGGGCUCGGCGUGCCACCUGUGGCACGCAUGCCAUAUGUCCAGUGAUGGCGAACAUAUGGCAUGCGUGCCACAGGUGGCACGCCGAGCCCCCUCUGUGGGCAUGCGGCCACAGGUCGCCGGAGGGAGGGAGGGUGCGCUCCGCCGGCACAUCCAUAAGGCGGCACAAGUGGCCACCUUAGGGUGCACUUUUCUUCCUGGCUUCCCCACUUCCUUUCAUCUAGCACUCCUUCCCUUAUACUUGGGGAUUUCAAUAUCCCAAUCAAUAACCCCAAUUGCACUGAUGCCUCUCGUCUGCUUUCUGUAACCUCCUCCUUUGGCCUUACGCAAUAGGCCAAUCUAGCAACCCAUACAGCAGGAAACACUCUUGAUCUUGCCUUCACCAACCUCUGUACUGCCUCUAAUCUCUCUAAUAUUCCCUUUCCUCUAUCUGACCACCAUCUGCUGACUUUUGACAUUGGCAUACCCAAGACCCAAUUGACACCACCGUCUGAACAUCACUCUCACAGAAACCUCCAAUGUCUUGACCUAGAGCAUUUCUCCACUAAUCUCCAAACUCUCCUUUUACCUAUCUCAAACCUCACCUGUCCUAGUUCUGCAACCUCCUUCUACAAUUCCACCCUCUCCUCUCAACUAGACAUCAUGGCACCUUGUACAUUUAAACGCCGCAGGCCCCCCCAACAACAACCCUGGCACACCAAGCUCACUCAAUACCUCCAAAAAUGCUCCAGAACUGCUGAACGCUGUUGGAGAAAGUCUCACUGUGCAUCUGACUUUCUCCAUUAUUAAUUUAUGCUGAGCUCAUACAGCUUGGCUCUUUCCUCUGCAAAAGUUAAUUACUUCAAUACACUCAUAACCACACUCUCUCGCGAACCCAAACGACUAUUUCACACAUUUAACUCUCUUCUUCGCCCUGCUGUUCCUCCUCCACCUACUAACUUGACCGCCUCAGACUUUGCAACUCACUUCACUGACAAGAUCUCUACACUCAGAGAAGAGAUAUCUCAUCUUUCUUCUUCCCCUUACAAUACUUCCCCUAACUUCACUCCCUCUGCUGUUCUAUGCUCAUUUGAACCCGCUACAUUGGAAGAGGUUUUUGCUCUGCUCUGGUCCUCCCGCCCCACCACCUGCUCCCUAGAUCCAAUUCCCUCGCAUCUCAUCCGUACUCUGUCUUCUUCUCUUUCUCCACCUCUCACUAAAAUUCUCAAUCUCUCUCUCCUCUGGUAUAUUUCCAUUGCCCUUCAAACAUGCAACUGUAACCCCAAUUCUAAAGAAGCCCAAUCUUGACCCUAACUCCUCAUCCAACUAUCGUCCUAUCUCGCUACUGCCUUUUGCAUCCAAGAUCCUUGAAAAAAUUGUGUAUGCGAGAUUGACAGACUUCCUCGAGUCCAACUCUCUGCUAGACCCGCUUCAGUCUGGUUUCCGCGCUAAGCACUCUGUGGAAACGGCACUGACCAAAGUAUCCAAUGAUCUACUCGCUGCAAAAUCUCGUGGUCACUACUCUAUCCUAAUUUUCCUUGACCUGUCUGCGGCUUUUGACACUGUUGAUCAUCAACGGCUUCUUCUCAUCCUCCGCAAUAUCGGUCUACAAGAUACUGCUCUCUCCUGGUGCUCCUCCUACCUCUCCCAGCACUCUUGCAGUGUUUGUUUCUCUGGCUCUGCUUCUUGUCCCCAACUCCUCUCUGUUGGUGUCCCCCAAGGUUCAGUCCUUGGUCCCCUACUGUUCUCCAUCUAUACUGCCUCCCUUGGUAAACUCAUUAGCUCCUUUGGCUUCCAAUAUCAUUUCUAUGCAGAUGACACGCAAAUCUACCUGUCCUCUCCCCGUCCCUCUUGACUAGUGUCUCUGACAGCCUCUCUGCUGUUUCUAACUGGAUGGCUGCCCACUUCCUUAAACUAAAUUUGACCAAAACUGAAAUUCUGGUCUUUCCUCCCUCAAGUGUUGUUACUCCUGUGUCUGUCUCCCUCCAAGUCAACGGUGCUACCAUCAGCUCCACCACGCAGGCUCGCUGCCUAGGUGUUCUUUUUGACUCCGACCUCUCCUUCAAGCCUUAUGUUCAAUCUAUCACCAAAUCCUGUCAUUUCCAUCUCAAAAACAUUGCGCGCAUCCGCCCCUUCUUAAUGCCAGAUGCGACUAAGGUGUUGGUCCAUUCCACUGUCCUUUCUCUCCUUGACUACUGUAAUCCGCUUCUCAGUGGUCUUACGUGCUCCCAACUAGCACCGUUACAGUCCAUAAUGAAUACGGCGGCGAGGCUCAUCUUCCUGUCCGCCCGCACCUCCCAUGCCUCACCCUUCUCUCAGCCCCUACACUGGCUUCCUAUAAAAUAUAGAGCUCAAUUUAAAAUUCUGGUUCUUGCUUUCAAAUCUCUAGAUAAUGCUGCUCCCACCUAUCUAUCCUCCCUUAUACACAAGUAUGUCCCGUCUAGGCCCUUACGAUCUGCUGAAGACUUACAUCUAUCUUCUGUCCGUACUCCCACCUCUGAUGCUCGCCUUCAAGAUUUCUUGAGGGCUGCACCGUUCCUGUAGAACUCGCUUCCCUCCUCCGUUAGAUGCUCACCCAGUCUCCACUCCUUCAAAAAAUCGUUAAAAACCCACUUCUUCAUAAAAGCGUAUCAAUUAAACUGUUAAUAGCUCCUGACUGAUUCCUCUUCUGCAACUGUCACUAGUCUAAUACUAUCCUUACCUUUUUGUGUCAUUUUACCCCACUCCCUCUUGCAUAUAUAUAGUGACUCAAAGAUGUAAAAAAGCUAUUAAUCUAGAACAGAUGUUGUGAACUCCAUGUCCCAUAAUGCUUUGUCUGCAUUAUGCCUGUCAGAGCAAUAUGGGAGGUGUGUGUGUGUGUAUGCGUGUGUAUAUUUAUAUAUUUAUAUAUAAAUAAAUAUAUAUAAAGGUUACAGUACCUUGCACUCUGGCUUCAAAAUUCCAUGGCAGGGUGCAUUACCAGGGCUCCACUAAUCAAAUGGUUAAAAUAGUUGGCUGCACUCUCGGACUUCCAUAAACAAUAACUUUUAUUGUAGCAUUUAAAACAGGAUCAACGUUUCAGUCCUCCUUGGGGACUUUCAUCAGGAUAUAUAUAUCUCUAUCUCUCCAGGAAAAGGAGCGCACUCACAGGUCUUGAUAUCAAAGCGUUUAACGCUGUAUUUAGUAACAUAGCAUAGCACAAUGUUGCAAAACAAACAAAAAUCUAGGUUUAAUUCUUCUUACUUGGACGUGAAAAAGUCUUGAGAGAAGUGAUAUUUGCAAUGCACUAUAAUAUCUUAUAUAGUAUGAGAAGGUGUAUAUAUAAGGGCUCUCUCUGCAAUGAUAUUUUGGGGUACUGUUACAGCAGACAUAGGUCCUUGAGACCUGCCUUUCAUUUUUAAAUUUUUUUGGCUGAUUUUAAAAUGCAGAAGGGUACUGGACACUAGUACCAUGCAUAGAACAAUUCAGCAACACUCUGUGCAUGGUCUGCUUGAGGCGUCAAGCUGUCUGUUACCCUGGCCACCCUCUUUUAGGGGGGGACUGCCCCUUUGACAAGCAGGUCCAUCGUCCCCUUUAAGGGUAGGUCAACCCAGUUGGGCAGGCCAGCUCAGUGAAAAUUACUACUAAGACUUAAUUGCUGAUUAUCAGUUAAUAAAUAGCUGUGAGAUUAAUGUUUUAUAUAUUUGUGUCCUAUGUGCUUGUUAUUAGAUGCCCUAAUUUUCUAUAGAGCUUCUCUUCACCAAGCUCUAUUAGCUUAAACUGCCAAUCUACUGGAAUAAGGAAAGGCUUUUGGGGACACAAAUUACAUUUUUCAAGUGAUCUCUGCUUAGCUUCACUUACAUCAAAAACAUUACAAUGAAUUAAAAAAUCAAAGCUGAAAAUGCUCAAAACAAGUGCAAACAAGCUCAGAUUUCAAAUAUUCACAGUUUUCAUGCUUAUACAUGUAACCCAGGACACUCUAUAUGUAGAUAUAUGAAAAAAAGGCUUAUUGGGCCCCUUGAAUACACACAUGCCCGAGUAAGGGAGGUGAAAAAUGUCCCUCCCUGGGACUCUCCUCCUCCGGAUCCUUGAAAACUGGAACUCUGGAACAAGGCGCUGUGAAGUGAAUAGCUCUAUUCCCCCCAGUAACUGGAUGACACACAGUUCUGGGAGUACGACUAGUUUAUACAGCUCAAACUCAGCCUUUUAUGCACUGACCCCCAGCAUGGGGUCUCCAUUCAAAAUCACACAGACUCCUCCCAGGCGUUCCUGUGUCUGGGAGAUAAUGGAGUCAAAAUGUGGUAACUCGAUUAUCUCUCAGUUACAGGAAACCUGAAGCACCAAAGAAAACAGUCAUAUUUCACAGGAACUCCACAAGUCUUAUAGCCCUGAAUUGAGCACCCAAGUUGUCCAAAUAGCACUCAGAUCCAUUCAGUAGAACAGAAUCACCAUUUGGGUAAAGUUCUGACCACUUUUGGGGGCUCCUGUGCGAACACCAAUGAAUGCACCCACUGGCUUUCAUGGAGUGAAUGCUCCCCCCAGUUGGUAGUUUCUAUCUCCUUAAAGUCGUUCACCUAGCUGGUCGGGAAGUGUGACGGGCAGCGGUACAAACUUUGCCCAGGUUCACGGACUCACGUGGCCGAAAAGGUUCCAGGCGCUCGACAAAGUACCGAUGCCUGUGUUCAGGAGACAAAAGGGCCGCCAAUCACUGGAAUACGUGCGUUUGUUUAUACAUAUGUCGGCCACCCAGUGAAAGCACUUGAGCUAAUUACUUGAUUGCAAUUAACAGCCAAGGGUGGUCGGUGUUCGGGGAGGUAUAAAGGGAUCAUAAAUCGUCAAUUUGGGGAACUAACAAGGGGGGUACGGACAACUGAACAGAAAGGGAAUGCAUCUGAUACACACAGCAGGUGGGGGAGGAGGGAUAGAAAGCUUUCAGCUGGUCCUCUCAUUCUUGCAAGCUCUGGGGUUCCUAGCUGUGCCGCUGGACUCGCAAGAAGAUUGUUAACCCAUCAUUGCACACACUCAGAAACACACAAUGCAUCCCUUAGACACACAGAAGCACACAAUGCAAUACUUACACACAGAAACAGAGUGCAUCCCUAACACACACGCAAUGCAUCUCUUACACACAGAAACUCACAAUUCAUCCCUUACACACACAAACCAUCCCUUACACACUCAAAGCAUCCCUUACACCAAGCAUGUCAAACUUGCGGUCCACAAUGAAUAUAUUUUUGGGCCGCAAGUUUGCGAUGAUUACUAAGGCAGAGUAGGCAUCUGAACUCCUUACAUUGCAGGUGCCUAGUCUGCUCAAAUUUACCCGGUACCGGCUGGGGAGGAGAGGUCCUUGGUGGCGGCAACAGAGCUCAGCCUUCCUGCUCCUCACUGCUCCCUCGUGCGCGCCCUCUAUAGUGAUGCCGGGUGACGGAUUAUGACGUCAUAUCCGGCACCCGGCAUCACAAAACUGCUCGUGUGAGGAAGCAGUGAGUAUCAGUAAGACUGAGCUCUGAGAGAAGAGGCCCCACACCAGCUCUCAAAUGUAGGGAGCAAUAAAUCAGAUUAUGUUGGUGUAUGCAAGAAUGUGGAAAAGUGUGUGUCUGUCAGAGUGAGUGUGUGUGUGUCUGCCAGAGUGUGUGUGUGUCCAUCAAAGUGUGUGUGUGAAUCCAUCAGAGAGUGUGUGUGUGUGUGUGUGUCCGUCAGAGUGUGUGUGUGUGUGUGUGUCUGUCUGUCAGAGUGUGUGUGUUGGUCAGUGUUGCAAUGGCUGCGGCUGGACACUGGAGGACCAGGGGGUCACAUUCCGACGUGACAUCAAGGUUCUCCACCUUCACAGGUUUAUAAGGAUUAGCGGAAGGAUCCGCUUUGGCAUAAGGUGUGGACGGUGCCAUUGGGGGUAUAUACCAGAGUCUGGACUCCAGAGUCGCAUACGGGCAGGGACUGGGAAUUAGUACAGAGGGUUUAGUAGAGGGGGAUGCUGAUUUUUUUAGGUAUAUAUAUAUACUGUUCUUUUUCAAAACAAAUCUAGAUUCCUAUGAAAAUUUAAGGGGGGUUUGAUUUUUUUGCGGCCCACAUGAACUGAAAUCUUCUUUAUGUGGCUCGUGCUAGCCUUUUAGUUUGACAUGCUUGCCUUUCACACACAUACAAUGAAUACCUUACACACUGACAGAGAAACACACAAUGCACCCCUUACACAUACACACGAGCACACAAUACAUCCCUUACACACGCUGAAACACACAUUGCAUCCCUUGCGCACACAGACACAAAAACACAGGAUUCAUCCCUUACACACAAACACACAAUACAUCCCUUACACACACACAUGCGCACACAGAGAAACACACAAUGCAUCCCUUACACAUACACACGAGCACACAAUACAUCCCUUACACACGCUGAAACACACAUUGCAUCCCUUGCGCACACAGACACAAAAACACAGGAUUCAUCCCUUACACACAAACACACAAUACAUCCCUUACACACACACAUGCGCACACAGAGAAACACACAAUGCAUCCCUUACACAUACACACGAGCACACAAUACAUCCCUUACACACGCUGAAACACACAUUGCAUCCCUUGCGCACACAGACACAAAAACACAGGAUUCAUCCCUAACACACAAACACACAAUACAUCCCUUACACACAAACACACAAUACAUCCCUUACACACACACACAUGCACACACAGAGAAACACACAAUGCAUCCCUUAUACGCUACACACAGAGAAACACCGAAUAUUGUUCCACAUGUUGCUUACUUUUUGAAAGAUAUAUAUAUAUAUACAUAUAUACAUAUUGUAAAGAAAAGUGCAUUUUAAUUAAUAUUAAUGUUAUCUUCUUUUUUUGCAUGUUUCCAGGAACUUGUUCAAUCCUUAGUUAACACAAAUCUGCCAAACCUUGUGAAGAAUAUGCCAUCUCGUAAGUAUAUCUGUGUUUCCUAUACAAAUCACUAGACACUAAAAUAAAGUUAAUAAAAAUGUUUUACACAGUAAUAAUAAUAAAAAAAAACAUAUCUCUAUCUACUUUCAGGGGGCAGCAAAAGAAAUCCACGCCCCAAUUGCCCUGGCAAAUGCCAUGCCAGCAUCUUGAUAGGGCCCCCCGAGGCUGGCACCGGCUGCACUGAUCCUCCUGUUCAGAUGCCUGAUAUGCUCCGCAGUGAUGCCGGAGCCAGAAUAUGAUGUCACUCCAGCCCCAGCAUCACUAUGCGGCGCACGAGGGAGCUGAACGGGAGGAUCAGUGCUCCCUCGCAGACUGCAGUGACGGGCCGCCCAGCAGCCCCACUGGACCCCAGGGAAAGCGAGAAUCCACCCCAGCACUCCCAAAGGUAGGGAGGCUGGGGGGAUUGAAUUUAAAAAUAAAAUGAAAAAAAAUGUGUGUCUGUUAGUAUCUGUGUCUGUCAGUGAGUAUGUCUUUGUGUCUGUCAGGGAAUGUGUGUCUGACACUGAGUGUAUAUGUGUCUAUCAGUGAGUGUGUAUGUGUAUUUAGAAGGAGGAGGAGAGAGGGACAGUGCCUGAGUUUUGUCAUGCCUAGGGCAGCACAAAACCAGGAUACACCACUGCCCAUAUUAAGGCAAUCCCACGAAAGGAUACCAAAGUAGGCAAAAUUUAAGACCAAAAUAGCCCAACUGGAAAAAUUCUCUAAGUCAUCUUUAUUGCCAGUUUGGCUACUUUAGCAUUACAUUUUAAAUUCACUUUGAAUUCCUGACAAUUCUCCCUUUGCUGAAUAACCCUGAUUGUCUCAGUAAGACAGUUAGCCUUCGUAUGAUUUAUUUCUUUAAAAAAAGUCUUCUUUGACUUUCAAAACAAAUUCAAUGCAACAAAGAAAGGAUAGCACUAUAGCAAUUGUUCUUCAAUUGAACAACUUGUAUUAGUGAAACUCAUUUCAUUUUUAACAACUUCCUUGAACUAAUUUCAAAGCUUUCACUGUAAUAGAAAAUCAUGUGAACUUUUACUCCGAGCACUAAUCCAUUUAAUGAAUUUUAUUCCAGUUCAAUUUUGGGAUUUUAUAGGGCUUCAAUUUAGUCAUUUGCUAGAAGAUCCAGAAUUGCUAUUUUUUAUAUAUGAUGUAAGUAUAUCUAUCCUUCCUCAGCAAUAUAUACAUUUGUUAUUACAUCUAUUUGUUCAAUGAAUUGUUUAAAUGGACAGCACAAUGUAUUAAUGGGUUUAAAUGGACACUCUAAGCACCAAAGCUGCAUUAUCUGAAUAAAGUGGUUUUGGUGUACAGACCCUGUCCCUGUUGUCCCACAAUGUAAAACAUUGCAGUUUCUGAGACAUUUUGUCUAAACCACACCUCUAGCGGCUGUCUGACUGACAGCAACUGGAGCCAUUUCCUUAUUGAAGACUUUCUAUUUUAAAAACGUUGCAUGUUUGGCAACAUCUGAACACAAAAAUAUCAAAAGAAAGGUAAAGUGCUGGGAUUUUUUACACUUACCUGGAGCCUCCUGGCGCCCACUGUCCUUACAGCCCUCUGUAUCUCCACUAAAGCAGAAGUUCCCAUUCAGGGCUGGAUUUAUCCUCCUUGCUGCCCCAAGGCCAGUUUUCUCAGUACAAUAUGUAUCUAGAUUGCAUAGUGUGUGGGGGAGUUGAGGCUCGUGUGUGUUUGUGUGGGCACAUGGGCGUCCGCAGGGGGAUAAGUGGGGGCACUUGCCCCACCCCCUCACCCACACCUGGAUUUUUCAGCUUGUUCUGCUAUUUUUCGUGUGAGAUCGAAAAUACAGUGCAAUACCGGCUGUGUAUGUAGAGAAAUAGGGAUAGGAAGCUAUGGCUUAUCCCUGCUUCUCUCUGACUGAAUCCGCAGAGGAGCAGCACAUGCAGCCAGAGACAGCCUACAGAUCAGGUAAGUGAGUGAUGGAGGGCAACCUUCAGAUUAGGGAAGUGAGGCACGGGGGGCAGCCUAUAGAUCAGGGAAGUGAGGGAGGGGGAUUGAGAGCCUAUAGAUCAGGGAAGUGAGGGAGGGGGAUGGGGGAGAGACUGCAGAUUAGGGAAGUGAGGGAGGGGGAGAGAGAGCCUAUAGAUCAGGGAAGUGAGGGAGGGGGGUGAGACUGCAGAUCAGGGAAGUGAGGGGGGUAGAGCCUAAAAGGAGCAGAAAGGGUCAGCAAGGAGUUGGAAAGGGCAGGAAGGGACAGAAGGAGCACAAAGAUAAAGUAGGAGAAGGAACAAAAAUGAGCAAGAAUGGACAUCAAGGAGCAGAAAGGAUCAGCAAUGAGCUGGAAGGGGCAGAAGGAGCACAAACAUAAGGUAGGAGAAGGGUCAGCAAGGAGCAGGAAGGGUCAGCAAGGGGCGACAAGGAGAAGGAAGGGUCUACAAAGGGCAGAAAGGGACAGAAGGAGGGGGAGAGAGUGCCUAUAGAUCGGGGAAGUGAGGGAGGGGGAUGGGAGAGAGACUGCAGAUCAGGGAAGUGAGGGGGGAGCCUAUAGAUCAAGGAAGUGAGGAAGGGGGAUGGGGAGAGACUGCAGAUCAGGGAAGUGAGGGGGGAGCCUAUAGAUCAGGGAAGUGAGGAAGGGGAUAGGGGAGAGACUGCAGAUCAGGGAAGUGAGGGAGGAUGAGAGAGAGCCUAUAGAUCAGGGAAGUGAGGGAGGGGCAUGGGGAGAGAGACUGCAGAUCAGGGAGGUGAGGGGGGGGAGACUGCCUAUAGAUCAGGUAAGUGAGGGAGGGGGGGUUGGGGAGAGACUGCUGAUCAGGGAAGUGAAGGGGUAGAGCCUAUAGAUCAGAGAAGUGAGGGAGGGGUUGGGGGAGAGACUGCCGAUCAGGGAAGUGAAGGGGGUAGAGCCUAUAGAUCAGAGAAGUGAGGGAGGGGGUGGGGGAGAGACUGCAGAUCAGGGAAGUGUGGGAGGGGGAGAAAGAGCCUAUAGAUCAGGGAAGUGAGGGAGGGUGGUGGUGGGAGAGACUGCAGAUCAGGGAGGUGAGGGAGGGGAGAGACUGCCUAUAUAUUAGGUAAGUGAGGGAUGAGUGAAACAGCCUACAUGAAGGGUCAGCAAGGAGCAGAAAGGAGCUGGAAGGGACAGCAAUGAGCACAGAAGGUAAAGUAGGAGAAGGAUCACAAAGGAAUAGAAAGGAGCAGGAAGGGUCAGCAGGGAGCAGGAAAGGUCAGCAGGGAGCAGGAAGGGUCAGCAAGGAGCUGGAAGGGUCAGCAAGGAGCUGGAAGUUAAAUCAGCACAAAGGUAAAGUGGAAGGAGCAGAAAGGGUCAGCAAGGAGUUGGAAAGGGCAGGAAGGGACAGAAGGAGCACAAAGGUAAAGUAGGAGAAGGAACAAAAAUGAGCAGGAAUGGACAUCAAGGAGCAGAAAGGAUCAGCAAUGAGCUGGAAGGGGCAGAAGGAGCACAAACAUAAGGUAGGAGAAGGGUCAGCAAGGAGCAGGAAGGGUCAGCAAGGGGCGGCAAGGAGAAGGAAGGGUCUACAAAGAUCAGAAAGGGACAGAAGGAGCAGAAAGAAUCAGAAGGAGCACUAAGGUAGAGUAGGAGAAGGAGCACAAAGAUUUUGCAAGGAGCAGAAAGGGAUCAGAAAGAGAAAGGAGCAGAAGGGCGCAAAAUAAGCAGAAAGUAGCAGAAAGGUAAAAGAGCAGGAGGAGCCAAGGAGGAGAGAAGACAGUGUCAGAUGAUGGAGAAGAAAAGGAGAUUGGAGCAGGAAGGACAAGUGAAGUGAACCCUCCACUUUAUUUUGGUCACCACAUCAUAAGGCUUUGGUACAUGGGCCUGGCAGGCAGGGCCAGACUGGCCCACAGGGAUACCGGGAAAUUUCCCGGUGGGCUGCGGCACCUGGGGGGCUGCAUGUAGAGAGGGAGCCCUGCUCCCUAUAUUUUAAUAACAUAGGGAGUAAACAAAAAAAAGAAGAAAUUCCAUUCUACUUGUGUGUAAUUUGCUGAAGAAAAUUGUAAACUUAAAAAGUAACUUUUAAUAAAUUAAUCUAAAAUAAAUAUGUAAAAGAAAAAAAUAUUAAGAACAGGAGUACAUGGAGACCAUACAGCAAGUAAAACUCAGUGUCUACUAAUAUGAACUGUAAAGGUGUUACAAGUUAUACAAGUGACAAUUUUUAUGUAUCACUAAUAACUGUAACAAAAGGGGGGAGAGAAUCAAAGACUGCCAAACCAGUGCUGUCAGCAGUGUUCAGCUGAAAUACGCUGCUGACAGACGGCGAUUAGCUAGUUAAAUAUCACGAAAGCUGCCUAGAGAGUAGCAGCAUGUGGAUCAUAAAUUGAAGAUUAUGCUAGCUUUAGUGUACUAAUAAUCUUAAUUUUAAUAAGGACAGGAGGCGAGUAUUUUGCAUUAACUCUCUUUACUAAACUCCACAGCAGUAAAGAAAAACGUAAAGAGUAACAUUAAAUCACUGAGCAGCAUAGUAUAUAUAAGGGUCAUGCUGCCUGUACACUUCCUCUUUCUUGAAGCGACAUCCAAGUCCAGACUGAGCUCGAAACGACCAGAAAAGCCAAUGAAACUGCAAACAACGGUCUCUGGUGAGCAGAACUUGAUGCGACUCCUGGCAAACGAGAUUGGAGGCAAGACGAAACAAAGUCUUUAUCCCAUCAAGCGGAGUUGUGAGGGUAACCGAACCAACAUCCAGUGUAGGUCCUGAAGAGGAUUACACUGAAAGGAGAGUAUAAAAUAGGUUAGGUACUGAACCGUAACUGUUCACGUAGGUGAGCCUUAUCAGAGUGUGUUAACAUAAAUGAUUAGAUACAUAAUUAGUGUGCGUAAUGUAAAAGUUAAAUAAAUGUUUAUAUGCAAGCGUGAUACAGCGUUGUAUGUGAUACAACGUAAACCUGGCUGCAUAAGACAGUGUUUCUGGAAUGAGAGUCGGGAUAGAAACAGCAUACACCCCAAAGAAAAGGAGAAACCACUAACUAGUCAUAACGAAACAUCCGUCACCUCGAGACCCACUCCCCCGAGGAGUCAGGGCAGGGAACAGAAGGGAGGGAAAAUACUCGCCUCCUGUCCUUAUUAAAAUUAAGAUUAUUAGUACACUAAAGCUAGCAUAAUCUUCAAUUUUAUAACAUGACAGGAGGCUUCCUAUUUUGCAAUUUUAACGCUGAAGUAGAGAUGUCCCAGCAGAAGCGGGAGUGCGGAAAUAAAAGGUACGGAAAGUAGAUUCCCUAGACCACUACGCCGCUCUGAGAACGUCUGACAGGGACGCCCCCGCUAGGAAGGCUGAGAAAGCCGCCGCUCCGCAAAUGGGGUGGGCGCCGAAAGCGGGGUCUAUACCGGCGAGAGAAAGGAUCCAGCGUGGUGGCCAAGACUGGAGCAUGGGGGCGAACAUAGGAGACUAAGAGUUGACCCGACGCCGAGUUACGGAGUGAGGAGGUAACCGAAACGUAUCUGCGAAGGGUGGACACGACACAGAGCUGCGGGUCGUCGGGGAAAAAGGGGUAAAAGAACGAAGUCAAACCCAACUUAGUGUGACGGGAAAUGUGGAAUGUGACCCCCUCAGGGGCAACCUCGAAGGCGUCGACGUCGAAGGUUCGAACGUCCGAUACCCGUCGAAAGGACACGAGACAAAGUAGAAAGGCGCACUUAGCUGAUAAUUGGCGUAGGGAGAGACGGUCGUAAGGAAGCCAAUCCCUGAAAAAACGGAGAACCAGUCCAACAUCCCAUAGGUGAGGGUACCUGGGGGCCGGAGGGCGGCGGAGCCGCAUACCACGGAGCAGGCGGCAGACGAGAGGGUCUUUGCCGACCGAAAGGUCCCCGACAGGGGUGUGGGCCGCCGAAAUCGCGGAGCAAAUGACGUUAACUGAACGGUAGGAGCGGCCCGACGAAAACAAGGAUGAAAGAAAAUUGAGAAUCAUGGGAAUAGGUGCUGUAAAUGGAUCGGAGUCCCGUUCCAUGCACCAAGUAGACCAGGAGGCCCAAGCUGAAAGGUAACAGCAUCUAGUUCCGGGGGCCCAGGAAGGCACUCCAAGGUAGUAGGACUGGGGGACCUGAGGGAAGCCCAAGGGGGGAGCCCAGGGAGUCCCAGGGCCGGUAGAGGGGCAAAGAAAGAGAGGAAAGAACCAUAAAGGGCUAACCUAGUCCCACUGCCCAGAGUAAUAAGGUAGAAUGAUAAAAAUACAAGGAAAAAUUACAAGAAUACAAAUAUAUAUAAUGGAGAAAUUAAACUAAACAGACUAAUAAUAAUAAAUGAAUAAACCUCUGGAGGAGCCAAAUAGUCUGAUCUGUCUGCGUUGGAGCAGUAAAGAUAGAGGAAGUGUACAGGCAGCAUGACCCUUAUAUAUACUAUGCUGCUCAGUGAUUUAAUGUUACUCUUUACGUUUUUCUUUACUGCUGUGGAGUUUAGUAAAGAGAGUUAAUGCAAAAUAGGAAGCCUCCUGUCAUGUUAUAAAAUUAGAGGUUACUGUCAAGCAGUAAAGUAUGAGAUAAGGGGUUGCCGAGCUGACUCCAUUUAGCAGAAAAAUAUCUAAAGCAGUAUAUUAUAGUAUAGCAACAGCAGAACAAUGAGUAGUUUAGCUAUGAAGGACACAGGCAGCAGUUAACAAACGUUGCCUAAAUGAUAACUGCAUUAAAAUGAUAAGUCCAAGUCUAAAGAAAACAAAAGAUUUUUAGACAGUUUUCAAACAAGCUGCCUGAGUGAUAGAAAAAAUAAUAAUAUAGUCAGUGACAGAGGAAGGCAUAUAGAAUAGGAUUCGUGAAUUUUGUGCCUUCAAAGGCACCCCUUAAUCAAACGCCUGGUCUUAUAAAUUUCCCUCCAUAAAAUGUAAUAAAGGGAAAGAAAGAGAAAUAAAGUAUAUACACAGAUUGCAGUAAAUAGUGUUAAGAGUCUCCAAUAUCCACUCCUGAGAUACUGGACUUAAAUGCACUUAAUGUCGGUAGUAUCGCAGUUGAUAAGCGGAGAGUUAGAUGUCGACACCAAUGAUGUGUCAGUAUGUGUCCAGAACACCUGACGCGCGCGUUUCGUCAGUGAGGUUCACCGACAUUAAGUGCAUUUAACACAAAAAUAGAGGAUAGGGGGUAGGCGCUUCACAGAAUGGAAGUAUGAUGAAUAUAAUACAGUGGUUGAUAAAGCAGUGUUUCCCAGACACUAAAUAAGAGCAAAUAUAGAAAAAAAUGUAUAUCAAAACCACAUAAUGAAUUGGCACCCUUGAGCCUGCUAUACAGAGCCUGGUACAGCUCUGUUAAAUGUGAGUGGUUGUCCAUCUUUUAUUUAAUAUACAUUUGUAUUAUACAGUAUACACUAUGUUAUGUUAUGCAUUUAUAUUUUGUAGAUAAUAUUCUGCAAUCCUUCAACGUUCAGGUUGUAAUUUAUGGUUGUUUUCUACCACUUCACUUGUUUUUGGGACAAUCCCUUUUUAUGUGGUUUUGAUACACAUUUUUUUCUAUAUUAAGUGCAUUUAAGUCCAGUAUCUCAGGAGUGUAUAUUGGAGACUCCUAACACUAUUUAACUGCACUCUGUGUAUAUACGUUAUUUCUCUUACAUUCUCUUUAUUACAUUUUAUGGGGGGAAAUUUAUAAGACCAGGCAUUUUUUUGUUUUUUUUUUCUUUAGACUUGGACUUAUCAUUUUAAUGCAGUUAUCAUUUAGGCGAUGUUUGUUACUAUUAAUGGGUUAACUGUUGCCUGUGUCCUUCAUAGCUAAACUACUAAUUUUUGUUCCGCUGUUGCUAUGCUAUUAAAUACUGCUUUAGAUAUUUUUCUGCUAAACGGAGUCAGCUCGGCAACCUCUUAUCUCAUACUUUAGUGCUUGACAGUAACCUCUAAUUUAUGAUGCACAUGCUGCUACUCUCUAGGCUGCUUUCAUGAUAUUUAACUAGCUCAGGGGUAGGCAACCUACGGCACUCAAGGUGUCUUUGCACGGCACUCAAGGCUGCUACAGCCAAACAGGCUCUAGCCGAUCAGGAGUCCCAGUGAAACUUCAGAUAUCUGCUAAUAUGAAAAGGUGGUGAAGGACAAUCUUCAAUUUAUGCAUUGCAAAUCACUUCCUCCCAGCACUUGUGAAUGGGAAUCCACACUGUAGUAGAGCAGCCUGCAGAUGCUGUUGCUGCUCCUGUCCUUGACCUGUACCUGGCCAGCCUGGUCCCCACUGGAACCCAGGGAAGCCACCCACACUGCUAGAUAUACACAGAAAUGCACAAUAACCCUCCCCUCAUACAAAUAAUACGAACAGCCCACAAACAUACAUACAAUCCGCACAAACGUAACCCGCUAACAAUCCACAUACAUGCACACAACCACACAUGCAGCUUCUCACAUGCAAUACCUCAAAUAGCCCCCACACACUACCAAACACACAAUGUGACAUAUCCAUCCACACACACAAUUCCACAAGCAGCCCUCAUACACAGCCCACAUUCAUAUGUAUCAUACACGAUACCACAAACUACUAAUGAACAUAUACAAUAUAAUAGCUCAUAUACGCACAAAUACAAUGAUACAAAGCAAAUACAGUAUAAAUAACACAAGCAGAAUACGGCAGCAUACACACCUCAAUUUAAAAAAAAUAGGACCGGCACGCUACGGGACAUCACAAUCCUAUAUCGGCACAGUGCUGCUAAAAGGUUGCUUACCCCUGCACUAGCUAAUCGCCGUCUGUCAGCAGCGUAUUUCUGCUGAACACUGCUGACAGCACUGGUUUGGCAGUCUUUGAUUCUCUCCCCCCUUUUGUUACAGUUAUUAGUGAUACAUAAAAAGUAUCACUUGUAUAACUUGUAACACCUUUACAGUUCAUAUUAGUAGACACUGAGUUUUACUUGCUGUAUGGUCUCCACGUACUCCUGUUGUUCUUAAUAUUUUUUUCUUUUCCAUAUUUAUUUUAGAUUUAUUUAUUAAAAGUUACUUUUUAAGUUUACAAUUUUCUUCAGCAAAUUACACACAGGUAGAAUAGCAUUUUUUCUUCUUUUUUUUGUUCAUUCCCUAUGAUAUUCACUAUUUAGGGGUUACCCCCCGUUUUUUUGUGCAUUGUACCUUGUGUUAUUCAAAAUUAGGCUCUAGGUUGACUCUUUUUGUUUUUUUUUCAUAAUACUAUAUUUUAAUAAUAUCGCGGCCACUGCGAUAUCCGGCGGCACACUCUGAGGUGAUUACUCACCUUGCGGCUGACGGCCCCAUCUCCUAUGCUGUACUGCUGUCAGUAUCAGUGAGUGUGCUGGGCGGCCUCCUAAGCGAUCCGGCGGCACACUCACUGAUACUGACAGCAGCAUAGCUGUCAGCACAGGAGGACUGAGAGGGGGCGGAGCUAACUAUCAUGCUCCCUCGCGGUUCUCAUAAUUCCCAGCACAGCCACAUCAUAGAGUAAUCCCUACUCUAUGAUGUGGCUGUGCUGGGAAUUAUGGGAACCGCUAGGGAGCAUGGUAGUUAGCUCUGCCCCCUCCCUCAGUCCUCCUGUGACAAGGGGCAGACAGCAGGGACACAAAAAAAGAGGGGAUGGGGGGACAAAUAGAGAGGUAGUAGAACCACAGGGGACGGACAAAGAGACAGAGGGGUAAUAGAGAGACACCAGGUUUGUGGGGGGGGGACAAACAGACAGAGGGGUAAUAGAGAGACAGAGGGCAAGGGGGGACACAUAGACAGAGGGGUAAUAGAGAGACAGGGGAUGGGGGACAAAUAGAUGGGUAAUAGAGAGACAUAGGGGUUGGGGGGACAAAUAGAGGGGUAAUAGAGAGACACAGGAGAAGGGGACACACAGAUACAGAUGGGGUAAUAGAGAGACACAGGGGAUGGGGGUACAAAGAAACAGAGGGGUAAGAGAGAGACACAGGGAGGAGAUGGGGAAGAGAGACACAGGGAGGAGAUUGGGAAGAGAGACACAGGGAGGAGAGGGGGAAGAGAGACACACAGAAGGUUUGUUGAGGGGACAAAGAGACAUACAGUAGGGAAGGGGAACAAAGUGACACAAGAUUUUUGGGAGGCAACGCUGAGCUGGGGAAAAAGAGAAAGAGAGUGGCUGGGAGAAGAGAAAGAGGCACACAGAGUCUGGAGUUAGAAAGAGACACAGAUGAGAUUUGGAAGGGGAGAAAGAGACAAAGUGGCUGGGGCUAAGAACAACACAAAAGGGGCUGGGGGAAAGAGAAAUACAGAGGCUGGAGAAGGGUAAAAAGAAACACACAGGGACUGGGAUGAAGUAAAAGAUGCACAAGGGUCGCUGUAAGAGAAAAAAAGGAGACAAUUGGAGACAAGAUACACUAAACGAGGUAAAGGUAAUAGACGUAAAUUGAUGUGAUCCUGACAGUAAUACACACAUAUAUAUAUGCAUGUAUAUUGAUGUGUGUAUUAGUAACGUAUAAUUAUGCCUAUAAUAUUUACACAUAUAGUAAUAUACAUUUAUAUAUGCAUAAUACACACAUAAAUGUCAUUAAUAAAUAUAUAUUUAUAUAUAUGUAAUGAGCACAUAUUGGCCCUGUCUUGUUGCUAGUUGCAUACUCAUGCACAAUAACAUAUUCAAAGUGAAGAGCGCACCCAUAGAACUUCAAAAUAAACAAGUUCACUUCAUUUUUUUAGUUGUGCAACUGCAGACAUUCAGCAUUUCAGUACCAUUAAUAAAAUGUCCUUAAUAGGCCAAAGUAGUUGUACUGAAACAUUGAUUACAUGCAAAUGUACGUCUACUUAAAAUAAAGGUGCUCUUUUGUUUAUUUUGAAGCCCUAUAUGCGUUCUUUCGUUGGAGUAAGAGUUUUCAAUUUCAAGUUAUUUUUCCACCCUCUAUAUCAGCACACUAUGCUGCACACAUGCCUGACGUCAAUCUGCACUUCCUGACACUCCGUUUCAGAAGCCGAACAACACUGAGCGACCUGGAGCUGGAGGAAGCCUUUGGGGUUAAACCAUUUGAGAGUGGUUUAACCUCUUAAGGGAAAGAGAGCACCCAGGGGCAUCCUGGCAUCAUUGCAUUUUCAUUUAGAUGAAAUUGUUAUGGUGAUCAGAAUGUUCCUUUAAUUUGCUUAAAGGAACACUAAAGUGUCAGCAAUACACACAUGUAUUCCUGACACCAUAGUUGUGAAAACGCUUUUCACGCUGGCUUUAUGUGAUAAUGACUAUGCCCCUUCCUUUUCAUGACACUGUCAAAAAGGGACCAAGCCAUUACAAUUAUGCCCCCCCUGGAAAAAUUCCUGCGGACGCCCAUGUGUGGGGGGAUCAGUUCUCUAGUGUAUGUGUGCAAGGAAUAGGGGCUGUAUUGUGCAUUUUAGGGUUAUAGGGAUCUGCUGGGUGUGUGUGUUGGGGCUUUGGUAGUGGAAAAGGGAGUUAGGAGUUGCAGUGGGUGUUGUUUUCUGUGGUUCUUGCAGAAUAAUCAAUGCUGACACUUACUUCAUAUGAACAGCUUUACUUCCAUAAGUCACAAAACAUAACCUGCAGAAUCACUGCUAAACUCACAUCAUGGAGUGCUCUCCUAAGCCCUCCUAUGCAGGGAAUCCCCCUUAAAUCAACGCAGUCCUUUAAUAUACACAUAUCACUACACCUUCCUCUCUUAAGAAAACUACAUGCUAAGGAGAAAAUAUGCUAUAACUAGAGUUGAGCGGACACCUGGAUGUUCGGGUUCGCCAAGUUUGGCCGAACUUCGUCAUAAAGUUCAAGUUCGACUCGAACUUGACCCCUGAAAUCCAUUGAAGUCAAUGGGGACCCGAACUUUUGUGCACUAAAAUGCCUUUUAAAAAGUCCUGGAAAGGGCUAGAGGGCUGCAAAAGGAAUUAAAAUGGGGGUAAGAGUGGGACAAGUGCCCUGCAAACAAAUGUGGAUAGGGAAAUCACGUAAAAUAACUUAAAAUAACAUAAAAUAAACAGCUGCUUAGUAGAUAACUCCCUAAUUCCCACAGUAUUAGGGAGCUAUCUACCAAAAGGCUGAAAGACCUAAAUUGGUGUUUCAGCCACAUUUACUAAUACUAAGUAAAGAUUACUUAGUAUUAGUAAAUUCAGCCCCUACUCGCUAUACCGCGAGUAGGGUCGUGUCUAAUAAACAGUGAGCAGCCACUAGCUGCUCACUGUAAAAACAAAAAAAACAACCUAUUGGCCCCCACCCCUGAGAGGCGGAUGGGGGCCCUAAAGUAAAAUAAGGGGAGGACCUACUGUCCUCCCCCUCGGCCCCCACCCCUGAGCGGCGGGUGGGGGCCCUAAAUAACAAUGAGUCUGUCCUCCCCCCGGCCCCCACCCUUGGGCGGUGGGUGGGGGCCCUACAUAAUAAUGAGGGGGGUCCUAUUGUCCUCCCCCUUGGCCCCCACCUUUGUGCGUCGGGUGGGGUCCCUAAAUAAAAAUUUAAUCCCCCCCCAAAAAAAUAACCCCUACCUACCCCCCUCAUCCUAAAAAUAAUGAGGGGGGACCCUUAUCUAAAUACCUGUAAAAAAAAAACACAAAAAAAAAACAUACCAUUUGAUGUUUUCUUUCUUCUAAAAUCUUUUUUUCAGCCCCAAAAAAGGCCAAAUAAAAAUCCAUAAUAACCGACGCACUUAAUAAAAAAUAAAAUAGGAAUUUUGCAUCCCCCCUUCCUGAUACUUACCUUAGGCCAGAAAGGGAGGAACACAAUCCCUGUUGGUCUGGUGGGAAAAGUUGCUGUCUGCACCACAGGAGACAGCUUCUUCCGUCUGGUGCUGGUGGAUUAUAACGGAGCAGUGCUGCGGUAACGGAUGAUAACCCUAUUAUACAAUAGUGAGCGCCAGCCCUGCCAGGGUUCUCCCAUGUCAGCUUGCCUUGCCCAACGGCAGGAGACUCAGCUGGUCAAUGAGGGAGAUUUCACCCCCACACUUGCCUGCCACCACCAGUGCGUGGCCUCAGCGGCCUAACAGCAAAUCCGGCCCUGGUCUCAUUCAUCUAUAAUAAUAUACAUUUUAUCUGUAUUAAGAUUUAAUUCAUUAGGUAAGACUGAUACAGUUUUAUAGUGAUAGUGUAAUUUUUAUCUGUCGAACCCAAAUACAGUAGAGAUCCCAUCCAUUUCCCCUUUUUUUUCAGCCAUUUAAAUUGGGGUCCCCAUUAGGGCUUGGUUUUUGACGCAAUGCUGCUUUGAAAUGACUGUAUGAGGUUUAAAUUCUGUUUAUUUUUCUUUUAGGGCUAUGCCACUCUGAACAUUCUGGAUAAGAUCUGGUAAUUCUAACUUCAAGAAGCAGAUUCUACUAAAUUGAAAUUCCACUUCUAACACUCAAGAUACACGGUGUAGAUACUCUUUAAGAUGUUUGAAAGACCUGACUGAUAAUCUGCAGUUAUUUGUGCCUUUUUGGAGCUAUUCUCAACAAAUCUUAAAGGAUCUUGUGUUUCAUGUAGUAGUGUGAUUCCCUUCCUGUGUAUUUCAAAUAAAAUUAUAAUGUCC